AUGAAGGAAAAAGAAGGCCCGCCCAUUUACGCGAUCUUUACUUUGCUACUCAUUUCAGGUAGGUUUUCCAGUUCUUUUCCCAAUAAUUAACAUAAUCAAAUGCAUCCAAGUAAAUAUUUACACAGUGAGCAAAACAGACAUUUUUCUGGCAAGCUUUUGUGGGGCUAGAAGGUGAAUCAGCUUCACAGUCAUCACAUUCUUUGAGAGCUAAAGCAGUGACUCAUGGCUUUUCUAUGCAACUGAUUAAUUGCCCAGCUUGUAAUGUCCAGCUGAUUAAUCAGUUCAAUCAAACAUUUUUAGCUGUUUAGAAAGUCCCUCCUAACAGAGGCAGCUGGUUCUGAAAAAGUGCCUCAAAUUACUUUUAAUGGAAGUAGCUAACAAAAAAUGACUGUUGUGGCCAGCACCAUAUUGGAAGGAGCCUUCUAUAAAUUGGGAAAUGGGGAACAUCUUCUGAAAGAGAGUUCUGCUGUAACACUUACUUGAAUAAGCUAAAAUCAAAGCAGCUGUGCUUCUACUUCAGAGUGUUUUUUGUUUGUUUUCGCUUCUGUGCAAAUUUAUGCAGAAUAGAUUAACUGACUAAAAUCAGUCUUCUCCGACCUUCUGGAGGUUUGGCCAUGCCAUGACUAUCUCAGCUCCAUUCAUUUCAGUGGGUCUACUCUAAGUUAAACUUAGUUAGCUACAACUCCAUGUGAUUAAUCCACUAAUAUUUAAUGAGGUGACAGCCUUAGAUUGUAAUUCUGUACACAUGUAUUUGAGAGGAAGCACCAGCAAACACAAUAGGAGCUAUGUCUGUGUAAAGAUACAUAGGAUUGCACUGUUCAGCUGCAAUCCUAUACUCACUCACUUGGGAACAAGGCCCAUUGAAUGUAUUUCUCAGUAGACAUGAGCAGACUUGUGCUGUUAGCUAAAUUCGUUGCGGUAACAGCAGACCAUCCUGGAGAUUCUCUUAACUUGUGAGUAAGAAACAUUUCUCUCUCAUAGCAUUAAAAUUCAGAGGGGCUGGUGGUUCUGGACUAACAAAAGAAAGGACUGCUAUGUCACACCACAAAUUAAUCUGUGGGGCUCCCUGCCACAAGAUGUGAUGAUGGCCUCUAACUCAGACUGCUUUGAUUCAGUGGCAGCCAAUGUGAUGUCCUAUAGAUGUUGUGAACUACUACCACCGUGAUCCUUGACCGCUAGUCACAAUGGGAAUUGUAGUCAUAACAUCUGGAGGGCGCCAUGUUGGCCAACACUGCUUUAAUCCUUAAGCAAACUCUUGGAAGACAAGUCCUUUCACAUGUUCUAACUAUUUCAAAUUGCAUUUCAAGGGGGCUGGACAGAAGGCAGCUGGCAUGGUUAUCGCUCUCGCCGAUCCUAUCCUAUCGCUUUGAAUCCAGUAAGUAUGGGGAGGGGGGGUGAACAAUGGCAACAUGAUCCAUUUGCUGUUGGGGUUAAUUUGCCAGUUUAGUGUCUGUCCUGAAAGUAGCACCAUUUAUUCAGAAGAAGAUCUUGCCAGUUGCAUCACAGGUGAACAAUGACCGAACAAUUCAAGAGCAAUGUUUAUUUGAACACUCUGAUGCAACAUUCCGCCCCCCCCCCCGUGUGGGAGAUUUUCUUUCCAUCAUUGUCAUUUUGACCCCUCCACAGCACUAGCUUUUUAGAAUAGAUCCAGCUCUAUAUAUGAGCAAUAUGCAAUCCUGAUUUUCUGACCACUUGUCUUUUUUCUUCUAUUUAAUCAGUGUCCGGCCUUUCCAAUCUGUAAGUAAGAUCAGUUUUACUUUUAUCUUAUUGGCACAAAAAUGAGGGUCAGGGGAUUAUAGCAGACUGGUAGUGGGUGGGAAGAAGAUGAUUAUCCAGACCCAUGACCAAUAUCACACACAAGUUAAGCUGAACUCAGAGCGCUGUUUCGGACUAAGGCAUUAAUGUAAUGAUCUAUUUAUGUGAAAGGCAGUUCCAGCAUCCUGGUACUUUGUCACAGGGCUCGUCCACCCUUCCGCUUGUCUCAUGCCUAGAAAGCAUGGGUUUGAGUGAUUUUCUCCUUGCCCCACUUCUUUCCAGUGGAAAUGAUCUACAGAUGUAGGACAAUGAGGUGGUAAAAUCAUAGACGUGGAAGGAACCCAAGGGAUCAUCUCGCCCAACUCCUGCAAUGUAGGAAUCAUAGCUAACCCUGAAAUGGUAGUGUGGAUUGCACCACUUCAGGUUACAAAAUGCACCUUUGAAUGCUUUUAAAGAAAAACUUUCCUCCAAAUAGAAACCUAACACAUUGGGAAGAAAUUCCUAUCAUUGCUCCUUGCAAGUGCAAACUUUCUAUCUGGAGGGUUCUCCCCCCUCUUAAAAUGCAAGAGAACAUUCAAAAAUGGCAUCUCCCACCUGCACUCUAAAACAGUACAGUCCAUUCCGCUAGCUGAGAACUCUACCAGCUCAUCUGGCUAACAGGCAUUGAAACUUGAUGCCUGAAAGUUAAUGGAACAUUUCCCAAAUGUCAAUUAUGCUUGUUCAGAGUAUGCUAAAUUGUACCCCACAAGAAGACAGUAAAGCUGCACUUUUGCUUGUCCUGCCACUUUCCCCCAGGGAAAACCUCCUCUUUACUACUGAAUGGGAGCAAAUGUCAAUUGAGGUUACCACAAAUUCAGUGGUGAAGAGUGGGUUUUCCUGGGGAAAGUGGUUGGGCAAAUGGAAAACCACUUGGACACAUGCCUAGAAAGUUUGGGAGAAGCAGAAGACCUCUCGGACCUGUACUUUCUAGGCAUGGGGCGAGCAAAGUGUAGAGGAGCCCUAAGUGAGGCUUCAUUGCUGCCCUGGGAAUGGGGCUGCUGUCCAGGGUGCUGAAACUGCUGUAGCUUGAUUCACCAGAGCCGUAAUUCAACUCAGACUCAUUUGUGUUGCAUCGAUUGACUGAAGCAUGUAUAGCUGUGCACUGGGUUCUGACUCCUCUGUGCACUGUGCACUGGGUUCUGACAGCCUCAUAAGAUUUAUGUUUAUAGAUAUACCACUUACUCAAUAAAUAAAUACUAUGUUUUUAUUGCUUCUGGUUACAAGCCAGGCUUCAAAGUUGGCAGGCAAUGAAAUGACCAGAAUAUAGAUAAAAGCAACUGUUUUAAAAACAAAUAUAAGAACACUGUGAUUAUUUACUUUUUGUCUGUUUGUUUUCACAGCAUCAAGCUACUGCUCCUCCAUCAACAGGUACAGGCCAGUGGGGUAGAAUUCUAAGUGCUGGUGGUAUAGCUAAGGUGGACCUUGGGCCAAAGUUUAGGGCCCCAUAACUCAGGGGCCUCCCAGAUGAGGGCCCAGAGAGCAGCAGUUGAGGAGGGUAGCAGCAAAGUGACUCCACGUUGAAGAGCCUACUGGAACAGGCCAGGGGCCCAUCUAGUCAAGCACCCUGUUCUCACAGUGACCAACCAGGUGCCUGUGGGAAAUUCACAUGAGGGACCACAGCACAAAAGCCCUCCCCUCCCCUCCUGUGCUUUCCAGCAUUGCUGCCUCUAACUUUGGAAGCAGAGCAUAGCCAUCAUGGCUAGUAGCCAUUGAUAGCCCUCUAAUUCAUGAAUCUGUUCAGUCCCUUUUUAAUGCCACCCAAGUUGGGAGCACACUCCAUAGUUUAACUGCGUGAAGAAGCAUUUUUAAAAUCUGUCCUGAAUCUCUCAACAUUCAGCUACAGAGGGCCCCUAUAAGGCCAUUCAUUCUAGGGUCUAAUUUUUUCCUAACCUAUUUGUUACCAGGCCAAAUUCAAGGUUAUUGUGUUAAUUCACAAAACCCAAAGGACUUGGGCCCUAAGGAUCAUCUGAUUACUACCUCAAUCACUGAGCUCUUCUGAUGGGACACUUUUGGUGGUUCCCCGUGUUCCUGAGUUUUGGUUAGCCUUUACUAGGGACCGAGCCUACCCUGUGGAACUCCCUGCCCGUAGAAACUAGACAGGAAUAAUCCCUGCCUGCUUUCAGACAUCUGUUGAAAACUGUGUUAUUCAGGCAAGCCUUUGCAAUAUGAUUUCCAACACCCCCCAGCUUGAAUGAUGCUUUUGUCAGAGUGACUGUCAGUUUGUAUGUGGUAUACAUGUCUUGCUGUAUUUACAUGAUGGGCGCAAUUGAUAACUAUUGAUAACUAUUUAAAUAAACAAGAAAGUCUGUCUGAAAUGAAUAAGGAGCCCCACCCCGUAGGUUGUGCAGCUUUUAAAAAACAAAAAGCAGUAAGUUGGCAAUACAAUCAAAUGUGAGUUUACUUGGAAGGAAGUGUCACUUUGUUCAAUGGGGCUUACACCUAUGUGAGAAUUGCAGGCUGAAUUAUUUAAUCUUUUCAGUAGCCAAUAGUGAGAUGAAAUGUAUUUGACUGGUUGGCAGAAUUAUCUAUAAUCUUGUGUGUUUCUUUAUACAGGGCAGAGCUAAAUUCCACGCUUGAAGAACCAUGCCAAUUUACACUGCCACAGUAUGCUUGUGGAUCAGCAGACCAGGUAUCUUUGCCAGCCUUUAAAUAUCCAAAAGAAUGCAGUUUGGUAUAUAAGGUCUUGCGGGUUUGCUUAUUCAGCAGCUCCGAUUUUGCAAAGUUUAUCUUAAUUGAUUUGCCAUGGAGCCAAUGUCAUGCCAGUGCUUUGCUUCAGCUUAGGAAGCUCAAUUCUUGGGAAUCUUCCAUUGGGUUAUCAAAUAAUGUUAUUUAGGAAACGAAAUAAACCCGGAAAUGAAAAUGCCAGGCGUAGAAAAAGAGAUGGGAGCAAUUAUUGCCAAGGGCAGAGAAGAGGACUAGUUUAAGGGAAGGAUUGGACUUAAUAAAAGACAUGUAGCUGUGAAGAUGAGUGUUGGGGCUUGAAAGAGUACCUCGUUUUGCUACUGCUUGUGCAAAUAAUUCACAGAAAAUGACACAAAUACAUCUUUUGCUCUACAGAUCUCCAACCUGACGUCAAGUGAGCUGGCUUCCAUCCUCAAGUGCUCCAUCACAGACUCUGAGGCCCGGCUGGACCAAGGGGCUUUCUUGGUGCUCUUUGAAAAUGUUGGCAAAGACACGCUCCAGGCAGCUCUGAAUGAGAUAAAUGUGCAGGUAAGUAGUACUCUCUGUUAGGACCUCUCUGGUGGACACUAAGAUCUGUUGAAGGCCAGUGUUGCAUCUGGGCUUGUGUAGGUAGAUAAGGUGUGUAGGAUAAGGGCUGCUCCUUUGGAACUAGAAUUUCUGACCUGUUGUGCUUGCUUCCCUUCUGCUCAACCUGUAUGUUUGCGAAUGGAUAGCUCUAUUUAGAAAGUGACACCCCAGAGACAUUUUGCAGGGAAGAUUUUGCAGUGAGACCUGGAGACCUGUACAGAAUCAUAGGGCUGCAAAGGAACAGAGGGUCACAAAGCCAAAUUUCCCUGCAGCUCAGACCAGGAUCUCCUGUGCAUUUGCAACUCUCCCAUCCUCAGGAUUUUAACUCUACUGCAAGCAGAGAGCGUAAAGCUGAGCAACUGAGAAUUAUAAAACUAAUGUUGUGUGCGUGUGUGCAUGUGCAUGCAGUACGCAUCGUAUAUCAAGAUCUGCAUUGAUUAAUGCUGCUGCCUGUGCUAUUUUGAAUGGUGAAUAAUCUGGGUCGUCCCAAGACAUUUUGUUGCCUGAGCUAAGGACUGGAGUGUGCCAUCGCCCUGUUUCAUAAAUGGAAGCUGGUUGGAGCGGCAGGGGACUCUUACUUUAGCAGUGUCAUUGUGAUAGCGUCCUCCCCCUGGCUUGAGGGCAGUGAGCUAGCUUAGGGGGCAUUGAAGAGGCACAGCUCAGUUGACCAGGACAGAGAAAAGAAGAGGCUUCUUCAUGCAGCACAUAGUUAAACUAUGGAACGCACUCCCACAGGAGGCAAAGAUGUACACUAACUUGGAUGGUUUUAAACGAGAGCAGGACAAAUUCAUGGAGGAGGCGGCUAUCAAUGGCUAUUGGCCACAGUGGCUAUGCUCUGACUCCACGGUUGGAUAAUAAUAAUAAUGAUAAUAAUAAUUAAUAAUAAUUUCUUAUUUAUACCCCGCCCAUCUGGCUGGGAUUCCCCAGCCACUCUGGACCGCUUCCAACAGAAUAUUAAAAUACAAUAGUCUAUUAAACAUUAAAAGCUUCCCUAAACAGGGCUGCCUUCAGAUGUCUUCUAAAAGUCUGGUAGUAGUUAUUCUCUUUGACAUCUGGUGGGAGGGCAUUCCACAGGGCGGGUGCCACUACCGAGAAGGCCCUCUGCCUGGUUCCCUGUAACUUGGCUUCUCGCAGUGAGGGAACCGCCAGAAGGCCCUCGGCGCUGGACCUCAGUGUCCAGGCAGAACGAUGGGGGUGGAGAUGUUCCUUCAGGUAUACUGGACUGAGGCCGUUUAGGGCUUUAAAGGUCAGCACUAACAGUAAUGUUUCUAAAUAGCAGUUGCUGGAAAUCACAGGAGAGGAGAGUGCUGAUGUUGCACUCAGGCUCUGCUUGUAGGUUUCUCAUGGGGAUCUGGUUGAACCCUGUGAGAACAGGAUGCUGGACCAGAUGGACCUCUGGUCUGAUCCAUCAAGCUAUCCUUCUAUUUUUAAAUAACAGCCACAUGAUGUGUAGUGAUAAUUUGGAUAUGUGUUGCAAAAAUAAAGUGCCAGGUUAACCCCGCUUAUCUCUCCUCCUUGAGCACCAACUGUUCUGUUUUAUUUAGGUCUCUGGGGACCAAAUCUCACUGACAGCCAAAACCUUCUUGCUGAAUGCAGCAUGGGAAAAGAUCAAGGCAGACCCCCGGGUCCAGAGCCCAGGCUUCCUUGCCUCUUGGUUUCAAGACACGAUGCACUCCUACCUGGCAGCGAUAAACUCCAAUGUCCUAGAGUGCAUGACUCAGCUUCCCAUCACUUGUGAUGGCUUCGCUACCAUGUAAGUGACAACUAUUAGUAAGAAAUCAGUCUUUGGAACUCCCUGCCUACUGACAUCAGGCAACCCCCUUCCCUGUUUGGGAAAACACAUUUAUGUUUAGGCUAGUCUGUCCAGAUAUGUAUAAUGUUGAUGUGUGUUUUAAACUGGGUUUUAGCUUAUUGAUUUUAAUAUUUUUUUGAAGAUUUUAAGUAGUUUUUCAUUGUUUUUCACUGAUAAUUUCAUUGUUUUUUUCUCCCUUUUUUGUAAAUCACUCUGAGGUUUUUUGCUUUUUUACAAUCAAGAGGACAACAUUUAGAAUUAGCAGCUGGUUCCCUCUGGUUCCCUCUCAAUGAGAUGAGAAUUUCAAGACAGCUGUAGUUGCAGGAUUCAAGCAGACGUUUGGAUCCCGAAUACUGCAGUCCGAAAGGUCCUUUGCACAAGAGAUGUGUAUGGUUCAAAGGAUUCACAGGGAUGACAUGGGUUAUACCCAGGGCUGCCCUUGAAGGCUGUUUGGAAAUGGCAGCUGCUACAGAAUGCUGAUGGGGAUGAGGCCUGUAGAUUUCUCGGUCCAAUUCAAGGUACUGGCUUUAACCUACAAAGCCUUAGUACCAGAAUACCUGACUGGCCACCUCUCCCAAAAAGAACAUCAUCUGAGGCCUUUCUCCUUGCACCCCACAAGAAACACCUGAGGGUGGCAACAGGGAGAGGACCUUUUUGGUUGUAACCCCCUUCCCAACACUUGUGGAAUGCUCUCCCAGCUGAGGCCUGCCUGGCACCAUCACUGAUAACCUUUUGGUGUCAUAGUAAGACUUUCCUCUGUCUGGGCAUUUGAUUGCAUUUGAAAGGUUUUGAAGCCUGGCUGUACGAGUUCUCUCCAGCUAAGCUCUGCUGAGAGUAGACUCAAUGAAAUAAAUAAACUGGAGUUGGUUAUCAUGGUCAUUGUUUUUGGUGGGUCUUCUCUGAGUAGGACUAGCAUCGGAUGCAAGCCCUUGUCCCUCAGAGGCUGUCCUGUGUAAGGUAUCAAACAGAUAAAACCACCAAUAAGAUGCUUAUUUCCCUUCUUGUGUCUCCCAUCAUUAGUGUCCAGGCUCUGGACAGUGCAUAUUCUGGGAUGGACAGCAGCACAAAGCAACAGGUUGCCAACUGGAUCGGGAGAUUCCUUACAAUACAAAGUAAGUGGGGAAUGUGCCCCCUCUGGUGCUCCUUUCACAAGCGGUCAAGAGUCAUAACUCCAGAAAAGCUCAAUCCAAUCCGAGCCAGCAGAACAGCUCAGAGUCACAUGACUCGUGGACCUGCAGCCAUUGAACAGCCCUGUAUUGGACAGGACUCCUUCUCUUAUUUAGGGAUGAACAAAUGUUGGUUUCUCCUGUUUUCUUAUUUUUCCAGCUUUAUGUUGGAAAAGCUCACCUUAUUCCUACAUCUAGUUGAUCAUUUUUCUCUUUUAAAGAAAGGUCCACAUGGAAAUUCAUCUGCAAUUUGUGCAAAUUAUUUCUCCCAAUAUUUAUUGAGUGCAAAUUUAUACACGUUUUUGCAAGCAAUUAUUCUCCCCCUUAUAUGCUGCAGUUGUUUCCACUCAUAUAUUAUUGUAUUCAUUGUUGUGCAAACCUUUCAGUUGGAGGGAUGCAAAAUUACAAAGGGUGACUGUGUUUUGGUUUUCUUUUGGUUCAGAAACUGCAGAUUAGGAAUUAGGGCUUGUGUAGGUGGAAUCUUAAAGAAGAGGACCUCACACUCCUGCCAACCUCCCGUAGGAUGCAUUAUUAUUAAUUUCAUUUAUGAAUCACUUAUAAUGAGGCAUCUCAAAGUGAUUUACAAUAAAAAACAUAUACAAUAUAAACAAUCACAUGAAAUACAAAUACAAUUGAUGACAGCAGCAGCAGCAGCAGCAGCAACAACAACAACAAGAUUUAUUGGAUUUAUUUAUAAAGUCAAUUUCAACUCCAGUACAGAUACAGAGUGGGAUAAUAGUCCUAGUUGCUUCAUUAGAAAUUGUUCCAUUUGACCCUUUGAAAAAUAAAGCUCCUUAAAAAAAUUUAAAUACACCUUUUCUUCUUCUACAUUUUAUUGCUAUUCAUUAAACUACCGCAAGGGAGAAAAACGGCAUUAUAAUACAUUGAUAAACAGAAAAGAGAGUGAGGGGAAAAAUAAAUACAUAAUCUAGGUAAACAAAUAUUAUUUCUAGUCUUUCAUUUCGAUACAAUGCAUUCCAGUAUUCACAAAAUAGUUCCAUCUCUCCCCAUACAUUCCAUUUCAUCUCAUGCUUUCUCUUUUCUGGAUUGCAUCAGUCAGUUUCUCCAUUGCUGCCAGCUCCACACAUUUCAUUAGCCUUCACCAAACAGGUGACAGAUUUUGGUCCUUCCAUUUCUUUGCCCACACCACAAAGCUCCUUUUGAUGUUGCUUUUCAGGCUGCCCACAGAGUUCACCCAAAGAAUGGAUUCAGAGCUACUGGAAGAGUUUCCUGAACAAUGCCUCAUACAACGACCUCCUAAAGACCUGGAGUGGAUUCGAUGGGGUAAGAAAAUCAAUUGCACUUGUGGCUCUGGAGAGUAACUCACUCCAACCACAAGCUGUGGAAUGCAACUUGAAGGCUUCCUGUCAGGGUGGGGGUGAGGGAAGGCACUCUGCAUGUGCUCUGAAGUACUCUGGCCUUUUUUUUAAAAAAAAAGCAAACAGAUGCUGCUUCACAAAGAAAAGACAGAUGGUCAGAGGCGCUUCAUUUUUAUGCCCUCCUGACAAUUACAUAGGCUCCCUGUGACAGGCUAGAUUUUUAUUGGGGGGCGUUAGAACCAUUAUAUAUGGGGAGGGGGAUAACCUUUAGGGACAUAGGAAUUGGCAGUGACUCUCCAGGGUUUUAGGUGAGGACAUUCCCAGCCCUACCUGGAAAUGCUCCUGGGGAUUGAAUUUGGGACAUUCUGCAUGCCAAGCAGAUGUUCUACCACCGAGCCCUUCCCUAUAUACUCCAUGCAUGCUCAGAGGGACAUGGAGAAAUGGUCAACACUAGUCCUUAGAAGAGCUAUUGUUUUGUCCAUUUAGGACUGCCUGCACCAAACUCAUGUUUUUCGCCCGUUUUCUAGUUUGCAGCUUUGGAUGUUCUGACUGCCUCCCAGCUUGCCCAACUGACCAUUGCUCGUGGUGUCCUGGCCAAUGCCAGCCUGGCAGAAGAUGUUGCCCAAACCCUCCGCAGCCAGAGCAUCCGCUUCAUGGAAGAUUACUUGACUCAGUUAUCACUGUUGCCCCUGGAGCCCUCUCCUGAGCACGGAGCCAGCUAUCUGUUGCUGGAGACCAUUCUGAGGAAGGUGAAUGAGAGCUUCCCCGACCUCUGUUCACCCUCCUUGAAAGACCUGUUUCAGGUGAAACUGAUGAGGUUCCUGCCUGUUGCUGAUGCAAAGAUCCUGGAGCUUUUCCCGACCAAAAUUGGUUGCACAGACUUCCGUGAUAUGUGAGUAGGCUCAGGUUAAGGGUGGGUGGUCCAUGGGUUGUGCUUGAUGGAGGGAAGUCCUCUAAUGGAAAAACUGUCAGAAGUAGAGAUGUCUGCCCUGUCUUGCGUUUGUCACAAUGCGGCAACCGAAAAGGGAUAAUGCAAUUCUAAGCAGCAUCAACAGAAGUCUAGUGUCCAGAUCAAGGGACAUAAUAGGACCAGCUUUGGUCAGAUCCAGGGGUGUAGGAAGGGUGGCCCGCCCUGGGUGCCAUCCCAGAGGGGUGUGUGACAAACUCUCCCUGGGUGGAUUGCGCUGCCGUGCCACGAUCAGGCCCCCGCCAGGAGGAUUGCGCUGCCUUGCUGUGAUCGGCCCCCCUGGAGGAUUGCACCGCUGCACUGCAAUUGGAAACCACCCCCCGCCCGAGGAUCACGCUGCCGUGCUGAUCACCCCGUGGGCGGAUCAUACUGCCCCAUGGGCAGAUUGCCCUGCCCCGCUGCUCCAGGUGCAGGAGUAGCUAGCUCCGCUACUGGUCACAUCCCACCUGGAAUAUGAGUCCAGUUCUGUGCACCACAGUUUAAGGAAGCAUAUUGACAAGCUAGAAUGUAUGCAGAGGAGGUAGACCGAAAAGAUCAGUGGUCUGGAAAUCAAGCCUUUUGAGGAACCAUUGAGGGACCUGGGUAUGUUUAGCCUAAAUAACAGAAGACCGAGAGGUGAUAUGAGACCAACCUUCAAAUAUCUGAAGGGCUGUUGCAUGAAAGAUGGAGCAAGCUUGUUUUCUGCUGCUCUAGAAAGUACAACCUGAACCCAUGGAUUCAAAUGACAAGAAACAGGAUUUCAACUAAACAUCAGGAGUAACUUUUUGAUGAUAAGUGUUGUUCAACAGUGGAACAGGCUACCUCAGUGGUAGAGCAUCUGCUUGGCAUGCAGAAGGUCCAAGGUUCAACUGAGGCAUCUCUGGACAGGGGUGAGAGAGACCCCUUUCUGAAACUCCGGAGAGCUGCUGCCAGUCAGUGUAAACAAUGUUGAGCUAGACGGACCAAUGGUCUUAUUCAGUAUAAGGCAGCUCCCUAUUAUAGGCCAGAGAAGUAUAAUUAUGUGUGCAAAGAACUGGAUUUCCCUGUUGUGGAGAAUGUACAAAAAUGCAUUCUGCUCUGCUUGCUUUGCAGCUACAAAGGGAUUGAUUCUGUCUAUCAUGAGCUAGACAACAGCACCCAAAAGGCUGUCUGCACAAAGCGUCUGGAUUUUCUGAAAAGACAACUUACAAAAGAAGGUGAUAGAUGGUUAUUUUGUGGUUUUUCUCCCUUGCUGGAAAUCGUGUUAAACUAUUAAGAUUUUAAGGCAAGGGAUGGGGAACCUUUUCAGCUGAAGAACCACAUUAUCUUGGGGAUAAUCUUCUGGGAUCCACCUGCCGGUGGUGAAUGUGCCAGAGUCACAAGGGGGUGUGUGGCCAGGGGCAAAAGUGGGCGGAGCAAUUGCAUCUCCAUAUUCCCUGCAGGAGCUGCUUGCACCAUCAUGACAUCAAGCAGCAGAGACUGGCUGCAGGAAAACUUCGGACUCUCCAGCAGCUUUGCAGACUACAAUGAUUUUCUUCACCUGAACCCCUCUUUUAAUGGCGUAAGUAGUGUUGUUCCCCACGGAACACGGGUGGCGCUGUGGGUUAAACCACAGAGCCUAGGGAUUGCCGAUCAGAUGGUUGGCAGUUCGAAUCCCCGCGACGGGGUGAGCUCCACAUUGCUCAGUCCCUGCUCCUGCCAACCUAGCAGUUUGAAAGCACGUCAAAGUGCAAGCAGAUAAAUAGGAACCGCUCUGGCGGGAAGGUGAACGGUAUUUCCGUACACUGCUCUGGUUUGCCAGAAGCGGCUUAGUCAUGCUGGCCACAGGACCCGGAAGCUGUACGCCGGCUCCCUUGGCCAAUAAAGCGAGAUGAGCGCCGCAACCCCAGAGUCAGUCACGACUGGACCUAAUGGUCAGGGAUCCCUUUACCUUUACCUUUAGUGUUGUUCCCCACCACCACCAACCCCCAGCCUCAUUUGAAGUGGGGCAGGAAGGUGGGGGGGGCAGGGAGAGUCCCGCUCCAGGCCCUUUUCUCUCUCCCCACCCCAGAGCAGGAGCAUUGUCAUUAUCUGCCAGGGCAUCAGAGCAAUUGAUCUGGCAAGUGAAUGAGGUGAUAAUGAGGCUUUCAAGUCCCCUUCCCCUGCUUGUGGCAGAUGAGCACUGAGGAAGUCAGGGAGUGAGGGCAAUAAUCAUGCAAAGACCAGGUUCUUCUUCCCCUUUGACAGGGGUUCUUCCUUCAUGCUAACAGUUUUGAAGGUGGUGAUUCUUUGUGAGACUGCUGAACUUCAGGUGACUGAAGAUCUUUCAGUGAAGUGCUCACUGUGAGGUGUUUUUAUUUAUUUACUUAUUAAAUUUGUAUCCCACCCUUCCUCCCAAUGGCCGCACCAUCAUGUGAAGCCAAUGGGGUAUAGUAGCCAGCGUGGUGUAGUGAUUAGAGUAUCCGACUAGGAUGUGGGAGACCACUUGGACCAGUCACUCUUUCCCGUUUAACCUACCUCACAGGGUUGUUGUGAAGAUAAAAUGGGGAAAGGGAGAACCAUGUAUCCCACCUUUAGCUUCUAGGAGGAAAAGGUGGGGCGUACUUGUAAUAAAUAAAUUAAACAGUAGACUUUAGGAUAAUAAAGAAAACAUGUGGAGCGUUUUCAAAGCCUCUAAAAACAUGUAAAUUAGAACAUUGAAAAUGUUUAGAAGCAAUUGUAUACCACCACAGUUAUUGAUGUUGUGCUUGCUGUGGCCAGUUAUCUCUCAGCCGUCAAGCACCUGUGCAAACAGGAAUGUUCUUUAAAUUUCUCCUGGAAAUCAAUCAUGUGGGAGCCACCACCAAGGAGGCCCUACCACGGCCAAGGCCAACUGGGCAAUGCUUUACCAAGGGGCUUCUUACACCUGCCCACCACACUCAUACAAGGAAUGAAGCUCUGGUGAUGAUGGUGUCCCUCCCCGCUGCCCCUUGUCUUUCAGUUUGAAGUGCUGGAUUUGCUGACAACAACCCAGAUGGGAACACUGCUUGUUAUCUCUGGCACCUUAACAGACAGCGCCAGGGUCAGUGCUGAGACGGAGGCAACAAAUGUGAUGGCAACCCUUCAGAGCCGAAGCAUAUCUGAGCUCCAAAGCCUUCUUCUCAGCAUCCAGGCACAGGUGAGCCACUUUGAAUGUUGGAAGACAGGAAUUGUGGAACUCCAGAUGGUGUUGGAUGCCAGCUUUGGACUGGGAGAUUCAUGGAGGAGGAGGAGGAGGCUAGCCUUGACUACUAGCCACAAUGGCUACACUCUGUCUCCAGGGGCAGAGGCAGUAAUGCUUCUGAAUACCAGUUGCUAGAAGCCCAAAGUGGGAGAGUGUGCUUGUAGCUGGUCCUGCUUUCAGGUUUCCCCUUGGGGCAUCUGGUUGGCCAUUGUGUGAACAGGAUUCUGGAUUAGACGAGCCAUUGAUCUCACCCAGUAUGGCUCCUCUUAGGUCUGUCAUUCUCAACCUGUGGGUCCCCAGAUGUUGUUGAACUACAACUCCCAUAACCCCUACCUAGCAAGGCCAGAGCUCAGGGUUGAUGGGAGUUGUAGUCCAACAACAUCUGGGGACCCACAGGUUGAGAACCGCUGUCUUAGGUUCUUAGAUCCAUUGUUCUGUUCGAAUGCAGAGCUUUCUAAGAUCCCUGCCAUUCACGCCAAGGAUAAAGCAGAUUUUCGAAUCUGAAAUAAAAGAAACGAACCUCCAUACAUUUGAUGUUUGUAUGUUCUUUGUCUCCAGGGGAGCAUCACAGAGAUAACCAAUGUGCGGGUUCGUGAGAUCAUGCUACGGGGGAUUUUCCAACUCCUGAAGCCACACUUUGCCUCCAUGCCAAUGCCUGAUUUACUGUCCUGGUUCAAUGGGCUCCUGAUAAUUUAUUUCCCAUCCAUCACAGUGGAGGAGCUGGGGGCCCUUCCUACUCUCCCCAACUGCACGCAGAUACAACCCAUGUAAGUAAAAGUUUGAUUAGUGGGGUUUCGUGCUGGGUGCAUAUAAUAACACCCAGGCUGAAGGAGGUGCAUUGGCUGCUGUUUUGCUAUGCAGACAGUUUUAAGGCCCGAAAUAGCCCAAGAUCAGGUGAGAUGGAUAAUGCAAUAUGGAGCAAGCUGGUUUUCUGCUGCUGCUGCUCCAGAAGGUAGGACCUGAACCAAUGCAUUCGAAUGGCAAGAAAGGAGCUUUCAGCUAAACAUUAGGGAUAACUUUCUGGUGGUGAGAGCUGUUUGACAGUGGAAUGGACUCCCUAGGAAGGUGGUGGACUCUCCUUCACUGGAGGUUUGUAAACAGAGGUUGGGUUGCCAAAGACUAGAUGAACCUUGAGGUCCUUUCCAACUCAACAGUUUUAUAAUGCUAUUAGCUGAGAGAUGGCCUUCCUCUGUAGAGGCUGCCCCCAUCAUUGUAAUCUGCUAGGGAGGGGGCCUGAGGAUUGUACACAUUGGACAGAGGCAGAUCUGGCCAAGGUAUGGAGGAGGGUCUUCUUAGGAGUGGCCUCAACCUAUGGAAUAAAUGUCUUUAUUCAGAUUAGCGGGGUGGGGAAUCUGUGGACAGCUUUUGCCCGGAGUUAAAAGCACAUUUAACCACCCAAGUAAUUUCCUGACUAUUCUUGUGUCUCCUGGUGCUGAUUUUUCAGUCUUUGGCUUGGGUGUAUAAAUCAGGGUGUGUAAACUAUGGGGGGCCAAUCUAUAGAGGGCCACAAUUCCUCAGGAGUAAUCUGUUUGGGGCUGCCUUGGUGGGCAGAACUGGAGACCAAAGUGUUCUGGAUUAAUGGUGUGCCUGCAUUUGGAUGCCUUGCAGUGUGAAAGGGAUGGAUUCUGCCUUUGACCAGAUGUCAUUGGAGACCAAGACUGGUGUGGCCCAGUGGAUCCUCCAGGCCCUUCGAAAAACAGGUGAGCCUUUUGUUUCCUGGCUUUCUAACUCAUGUACGGGUGGAGGAAUCAGUCAGUUUUGGAUCUCUUCGUUUCUUUCUUCUGAAAUCUUAAUGUCAGCCCUCCACUCACAGGUUGUUCCUUUACUUUAUUAAAUUGCUGUCCCAUCUCUCCUCCCGAAGGAGCCAUGGGCAGAAAUAUGAUGGGAUCCUUUGUGUGGAUUAGUGUGCAAACAGAACGGAGUCACCAUCACCAUCAUUUUUAUUACUAUUAUUAAUAAAUUAAUUUGUUAGCCAUCUAACACAGGACUGUCUCUACAAUCAUGUUUAAAGAUAUAAAAACUGAUUAAUAUAAAACCUGUCAAUAUUCAAAGAAAUAAAAUCAAUUCACAAAACAUAAAUUGCAAGCUUCCAUCAGGGGUGGAGCAACCCAGAACAGAACUUGAGAACUUGUCUACACUUUCGCUUGUCCCGUGGCAAGAAAGUGUGGGCUGAAGCGGUUUUCUGCUCGUCCGGUGCUUUCUAGGCUCAGGUCAGAGUAGUUUUGCCAUUGCCCACUGCUUUCCCUGAGAAACCCUCUUGUUUGCUCUAAACCGGAGCAGAUGUCAAUCUAAUUCAGCACUAAACCAUGGGUUUUCCAGGGAGAAAGUGGUGGGGCGAAUGGAAGUGUGGAUGACUCCUAAGAUAAAGUAAAGGGAUCAAAUUCCAGGGAGAAGUCUUCACCUGGCUGUGAAAAGAAGUUCAGUGUUGGUUCCAGGUGGGCCUUGUUCGGGGCAGCAUUUCACAGGUAGUGGUGGGGCAUUUAUGGAAUGGCCUUAGGAAUGAACGAAUGCAAAAGUGAAGUUGACUAGAAAUUAAAUUACCCUUUCAUCCCUGGCAAAAUCCACUGGUUCUUACUUUACAUUGCUGCAUAAACAACAGUGCAGCGACAACCCAUCUUUUGGGACUUUGGUUAAAUAUUUGCAAGCAUUUGCUUUGUUCAUCUGGUGCUCCUAAAUGGGUACCUACUUGCAGAAUUGCAGAAACAUUUAUUAUUAUUAUUAUUUAUUUCAGACUGCCAGAUGACCGGAAACUGGCUCUCCCUCAACUUCCAGAGAUUCAAGUCCUUCAUUAGCAUCACAGAUUUGAUGUCUCUUGACCCAAGCUUCAAUGGGGUAAGAUCAGCUGUGAUGCUCUUGCUAUUAAGAUCAACCAGGGUCUGGUCCAUAUUUUACCACAGCAGCAGAGGGGCAAUUCAUCCUUUGGUCUUAAGCCCUUAGCUCUGUGGUAGAGCACCUGCUUUGCAUGCAGAAGGCCCCAGGUUCAAUCCAUAAUGGCAUCUCCAGGCAGGGAUGGGAGAGACUCUUGCCUGAAACCCUGGAAAGCCGCUGCUAGUCAGUGUAGGCGGUAAUGAGAUAGAUUGACCAGUGGCCUGACUUCCAGCCUUCACAAUAUGGGGAUGAUAACACUGGCCCACCUCAUAGGGCUGUUGUAUGAAAUGCAAUGAAAUAAAGUGGGCAAAGAACUUGGAUCAUAUAAAAGCACCAUAUACAGUCAUAGCUCGGGUUACAGAUGCUUUGGGUUGCACGUUUUCGGGUUGCGCACUGUGCCGAACCCGGAAGUACCAGAACAGGUUACUUCCGGGUUUUGGCGCUCGCGCAUGCGCAGAAACACUAAAUCACACUUUGCACAUGUGCAGAAGCACUGAAUCGCAACCCACGCAUGCGCAGACGCGGCGCUGCAGGUUGCGAACGUGUCUCCUGCACGGAUCACGUUUGCAACCCGAGUGUCCAUUGUAAAUGUUAACUGCUAUAGUUUAUUAUAUUUAUAUUCCAACUUUCCUCCAAGACAUGUAAGGUGUUGCAUAAGGGAUCAUCACAUUUCAGUCUUUGCAACAACCCCAAGCAGUAGGCUGGUCUUAGGCUGAUGAGUCAGGAACCACUUGUGAGUUGCGACCUGAUCCAAGGCGGAUUGCAACGGGAGCACCACUGCCAUGCAAAUAUAUGGGGAAAGAUUAAGAAAUGGGUCCCCAAAUGCAUGUUUGGGUUAAAGGUGGGUGUUAGGACUGAAACGCUUGAAGAUUACUAGGCUAGAGCACCCAGUGAGCUCCAGGACUUAGCAAGGAUUUGAACUCAGAUCUUCUCAGGCUAAGGUAACAUGAUGACAACUAAUCCCCAGGAUGAAAAGCGGAUGGCCUAUUUGAGAGACCAGUGUAACAGUUAAAAAUCAUUAGCAGGGAUACAAUGACACUUGUAAAGUAACAUGAACUUUGGAAAUUAUGGAUACUUAAUAGAUAGAUUGGGGGGGGGGAUGGAUGCAGAAAUGACAGUUUGAAAUGGAACCCAUGGAGGGACGUCUGAAGGCUUGGGGAACCCUUUUACUUUACUAUUUUAAUUAAUGGUGAUGUCUGUUUUGUAUCAUACAUGAAAAACCAAAUAAAUAAAUUUAUAUAAAAAAAGAAAGAAAAGAAAAUCGGGUGGAUGGAUGAAGCUGUUCAUUUCUGUGUGCCUUCUCUCUGUUUCAGACGGCUAACCUGGGGGAACUCUCAGCAGUACAACUUGCUCAGCUGACUGUGAAUCCAGAGAUGCUCUGCUGCGUCGAUAAAGUGAAGAUGGUCUUCGCAAGGCUGGCUCAGCUGCCUGGCCUUGAUCACCUGGCUGCUUUCUGGGAUGCAUUCAACAUUGCCUACAAAAAGGUACAGAGCUCAGGGACCCGCCUUCCACCGCCGAGCAGGGCACCAGAAAUGACUUUCUGGAAUAACAGAAAGUGUUGAGAAAGCAGAUGUAGAGAAAAGCUUUCUUCCCUCUCUCACAGCCCUGGAACUUAGGGCCAUUCAGGACAGACGAAAGAAAGCCCUUCUUCGCACAGCCCAUUGUUAAAAUGUGGCACUCAUUCCCCCAGGAAGCACUGAUGGCCACAACUUUGAAUGGCUUUAAAAGAGGAUUUGGCAAAUGCAUGGAGGAACCAGAAGGCUGUUUUACCUCUGCUGUUGGAGGCAGCAUGCAUCUAAGUAACAAUUGCUUGGAAUUGCCGGUGGGGAGAGGGCUCUCGUACUCAAGUCCUGUUUGCAGACUUCCCAGAAGAGGCAUCUGGUUGGCCACUGUGGGAACAGGGAGCCGCACCAGAUGGGCCAUUGACAACUGUUUGAACCAUAUGGCAUGUAACAUUAAUCCCCAGAGUACACAAAUUUCCAUUCAGAAAGAGUCAAGCAGCCUGAACUCUAGGUUGGGGUUCUUCUCAUGAUUAGGGUAGGGGGCCUUUAACAUAUUUGCCUCUUGCUAUGGUCCUUUGGUCUGAACUGGCUUCAGAUACAGCCUUCAAGUAUGAGUUAAAGAAUCAUAGAAUUGUAGAGUUGGAAGGGAUCCCAAAGGUCAUCCAGUCCAACCCCUGCAAUGCAGGAAUCGCAGCUGAAACAUCCAUGACAGUUGUUUGAAUUAGCAUGUCCUUGACUUGAUGGAUUUUUUGCGAGGGAAGCCAUAAGCAAUGACUCCUUGAACCAGUUUGAAACCAAUGACAUCUUGCUGUGUAAACCUGCCCUUGCCAUAUGACUGCUUCAGAGGAUGGGCUGUAUGGGGGUAGAUGGAUGGAUGGACGGACGGACAGGGAAAUAAGCCAUUUCUUAGACUUUAAUAAUAUGUGCCAAAGCUAUGUUAAUGUCCCUGUCCGUUCACGCCCUCUCCAGUAAGUAUAAUAAUAAUUUUUAUUAGGCUACCCGAAGAUACCCAGAGUCUCAGAAACCGAGACUCAGAGUCAGCCGGUCUUUGUCUCAGGUAAGGUCUUUUGCAUCAUGGAGCAAACCCCAUCUUAGGCAAGCAGAUGGGAUGGAAUGGCAUUUUAAUUAAUAGCUUCUAGAGCAACUGGGUUGUUGUUUUUUUGCAAGGUCUUCUAGCAAAUGGAACCCUAUUGACUUGGUGGCUGGUAUCUUGGUGGCCAAGGGAGUAGUGGUCUGGUUUGAUAUACUAUCUGAAGUAGCUGAUAGUGCACCCAUGAGCUACACCAGGGCAGGCCAAUGCGAUGCCCUCCAGAUUUUGCUGGGUCACAACUUCUACCAGCCCAAGCUAUCAUAGGGAACAGUAUGGAAUCCUGGGAGUUCCUGGACAUCUGAGGGGCACCGUGUUGGCUACCCCUGUGCAACAGUUGUGCAUGCUUUGGUGAGUGCCACACUGUAGAGCAGUGGUUCUCAACCUGUAGGUCCCCAGAUGUUGUUGGACUACAACUCCCAUCAUCCCUGAGCUCUGGCCUUGCUAGCUAGGGGUGAUGGGAGUUUUAGUUCAACAACAUCUGGGGACCCACAGGUUAAGAAAGGCUGCUGUAGAGGAAUUCGAAACACCUCAUGCAAAUUGGUUUGGCUGUAAUGGCUUCCUCCAAAGGUCCCCUGGGAAUGAUCAAUGAGCCAUUGACCUGAUCCAGCAAGCUCAUCUUACGUUCUUACUAGGGGCCGCACCCCUAGCUUUCACCUUUAACCCCAUGUCUCUGCCUUCUCCCCCUCCUCUGGUGCAACUCUCUUGCACAUAAAUUACCCCACCAUCGUCUGCUAUUGCUUAAAACAGCCAUUUCCCUCUGUGUCCCUCCCUGCCUUAUUUAAACUUCUGCUGUUGUUUUAAAUUCCCCUUGUUGGUAUUCCCUCUCUUCUCAUUCCUCUGCUGUGGCUAGUGUUGUUGUGCAACCUGCCUUCACUUUUGCUCCCCUACCCCACCUAGAAUUCAUGCAAAUUGUGAUGUGGCAUUGCAAAUCCUCUAAUUCAAGCUGCAUGAUGACAGCCUUACAUUUCUCUUUAUAUAAGGAGAUCUCUAGGAAGGAUGAGGAAAAAAUCCUGAGUGCUACUGGAAUUCAGUGUAGACAAAACUGAGCCAGGUGGAACAGUGGUCUGGCUUGAUAAAAGGCAGCUUCAUAGGUUCACUUAAGGGAAGGGGUGGAGCAUUAAUCAAAAGUACCCACCUUGCAUGCGAAAGAUUGACUUCAAAGGUAUGCUAGAAGAGAAAAGUCUUCAGUAAGUGCCUAAAAGACAACAGGGAGGUGCCUGUCUGGUAUUCAAGGAAGGACCCCCAAAUUUAAAGCAGUAACAAGACCUUCCCUGAUCUCCGGCCCUCUUCUCUCAAAAUCUUCCUGCCAAAGUUUGUAAUCAUCUUUCAUCUCCAUUUUAGCCCAGUUCUGCCAGCGUGCUCAAUAUCUCAAUGGAUGUGAAAAUGGCCAUGCUCACCUCGACGAUGGAGCGCUUGAGCGUGGCAUUUUCAACCUUCACCAAUGCUGAUUUUCGGGUCUGGUUUGAGGAUAGACUGGCGGUCGUCCUGUCCAGUGUGAAUGCAGAGUUUCUUGGGCAAAUCCCCAAAAGUAUAUCCUGCGAAGCGUACAAGUCUGUGUGAGUGUUGACCUGUUCUUUAUUUUGGGGGAAGGUCCCCUCCGAACCUAUUUAUUUAUCCAUGUUUUUUACCGCUUACUAUAAUAAAACACCUCUGAGGGAUUUACAUAAAAUCUGGACAGAGACAGCCUAACCUCUGCUCUGGUAAUCUCUAGGUUAGAUUACUGCAACGUGUUAAACAUAGGUCUGCCUCUGGAGAUGGUUCAGAAACUUCAGCUGGUGCAGAAUUCAGCGGCGAGCUUGUUACUGGGGCAAGACAGUUUGAGCAUAGAAUCCUGGUCCGACUGCACUGGCUGCCAAGUGCCUUUUGGGCCCAAUUCAAAGUGUUGGUUUUCAUCUAAAAAGCCUUAAACAACUCAGGACUGCAGUACCUCAAGGACUGCUUUGCCCCAUAUGAACCAGCCUGGACCCUGUGAAUCAUCAUCUGAAGCCCUUCUCCAUGUGCCUCCUCCAUCAGAGGUCUGGAGGGUGGCAACACAAGAACCGGCCAUUUCUGCAGUGGCUGCUUGCUUCUGGAAUGUUCUUUCCAGGGAGGCUCACCUGGCACCUCAGUUACAUAUCCUGAGGCAGAAACACCCCUCUUUUCCCAGGCCUUUGUCUAAUUAAACAACCUAUGCCCUUUUAAAAUGUGUGGAGGGGUAUUGUUUUUGUUUGUUAUUAUGAUAUGUAUUUAUGUGUUUUUAUACUGUAAACUUCCCUGAGAUCUUGGAUGAAGGUCAGAAUAGAAAUUUAAACAACAACAACACAGCAGCAGUCAAUGUGAUUUCCUAAAAAAACAGAUUAAAACUUAAGAGUUGUGUCCAACAUUAGGCCUACUCAGAGUAUACUCACUGAAAUUAAUGCACGUUACUAAAUUAGCAGCUAGGGUGGGGGACUUGGCUGCAAAGUCAAUUCCUGCAGAAGGUUUCCCAGCAUAGCUGUCAACGUUUCCCUUUUUUAAAGGGAAAUUCCCUUAUUCCAAAUAGGAUUCCUCGCAAGAAAAGGGAAAAGUUGACGGCUAUGGCUCCCAGUCACAUUUGGUCCCACCAGGGUUGGGGCGAUGGAGAUCUAGCUUGUCCCUGGACUAACCAAUUGAGAACUCCCAACAUGCUCAUCAUUCUUCCCAGAAUGAACUGGGCAAUGAAACUGGUUUAAGUGUGUAUAGUGUGCAUAUAUUCUAACGGUGCCUUUUCCUUCUUAUUCCAGGAUUGCUGGGAUCAACAGAAGCUUCUCUGAAAUUCCACAGGAAAGGAAGCAGGAUUGUGUCAACUACAUUGUUUCUUUCCUAACCCAGAAGUCUCAGACCACUGGUAAAGAACUGGAUUUUGGGGCAGACCUGUCAGGAGGAAAAUAGGAGGCGUGAACAAACAGUGGUUCUCAGACUUUUUUUAUCUGGGCUACCCUUUCCAAAUAAAAAUUUGUUCGCGCCACACCAAAAAUUGUUAUUGAUAAGAACUACACUGGAAAACAAAAAGAAACGACUCCUAGCAGUGCUUGAUUUAUAACCUAGAACACAACUACUUUAUAACAUGAUCAUAGGACAUCCAGAAAGUAUAAAACAAUGCAGCUACAUAAGAUGAAUCAUUCCCAAAGUAUAAUUUUAAAUGAGCCCCUUACAUGUGUACCUGAAGUAUGUCUACAAACUCAGUGAGAGGUGUGAGCUUCCUUUUUCCAGGUAAUUUAUAUUAGAUCUAAUCUGAGACAAACAAACUUUCUAGUCUCAUCUCCUCAUCAACACAAAGAAGCCUUUUUCUCUUCUGAUCUUUCGUAUUUGUCAGAGUUGAAAAUCCCUGUUCACAACAUGGGGAACUGUAGAAUAGCCAAUGUUUGCACAGUGAUUCUGGAUGACAGCUAAGGUUGUCCUCAGUAUCACUUGCUGCUCUUGCUCUCAUUUUGAAAGUCUAUCUAUCCAUAUAACACUGGUUUUUUUAUGCUGUCCUACACUACACUACACUACACUGAAAUGUUUAAAUGUUUCCUGGAUUGACUUUGAAUCUUCAUGCUGCUCUUUUGAUUCUCUCGUGCCACACCAGUGUGCACCACACUUUUUGAGAACCGCUGAGCUAAAACAAAGGGAUUACAGUGGUACCUCGGGUUACAAACACCUCGAGUUACAAACACUUCGGAUUACAGACUCCACUAACCCGGUAGUACUACCUCGGGUUAAGAAUUUUACCUCAGGAUGAGAACAGAAAUCGUGCCGCGGCAGCAGCAGGAGGCCCCAUUAGCUAAAGUGGUACCUCAGGUUAAGAACGAUUUCAGGUUAAGAACAAACCUCUGUAACGAAUUAAUUACGUAACCAGAGGUACCACUGUAUUUGGAAUACACAGGCCUUAGCUUUUCAUUUAUUCAUUUCUAUACUGCAAAUGCAUGUGGAAAUAUAUUUACGCAGCAUAUAAAAUCUAAAGUUAAAAAUAAUGAUAAUUCAAUUAAAGUCAAAUACAUAAAAUGUUCAGGCUAACUUGCCAGAAUUUAGUCCUGGAACCUAUUUUUGAUGCCAGUUAUGUGAGCCUUUCGAAUCCUGGAGAGGGGAAUUACUGCUCUCUCUCCAUCAGCAAAAUGUCUCGGGCUGGCCCUGACAUUCUUUCACUGGGCAGAUAAGUCAUGACUUUUGCUUCCGUCUCUUCCUUCCAGGUCCUGCCUGCUUUGGCCAAACCACACCCAGAAAUUGGCUACUCACCUACUUUGGGCAAUUCUAUACGGAAGUACCAUAUGUUCAGCUGGUUUCAUACUAUCGACAAACAUUUGAUGCUGUAAGUUAGUGCUUGCAAACCGGUGGGAAAUUUUGAGAAAGUGAUGUGGGCGCUAGUCACAAAAUGGCUGCCAAGUGGCAUUGUGUGAUGGGUGCAACAUCUAAAAUCUGAAAAUGCUUCCCCCCCUUUUGGUGGAGGUGGGGGAAAGCACCUUUGUCAACCAGAGCUGUGCUAGCAUUUACAGAAAGAAGCGCUUUGAACCUCUCUACUUUUGGGAACAGAUAGGAGGGAGAAUGUCCAGUCCUGGCAUUCAGCGGCAUGGGAGCAUGUUCAAGGGGUGUAUUCACUGUGGGAGAUGCUGAGCCAGUGCAAGCAGGAAGUGAGCAGAAAGAGCAAACAGUCCCUUCUGACAUUCUGACAUUCUUAUUUCCAGUACGCAGUAUUGGAUCUUUUAACUCCGAUCCAGAUUGGAGACAUGAUUGUACAUUCAAACACCCUGACCAGCAUGGAUUUGGCAUUGCGCCUCGUCAGCUUCUUCCAAGAAAGCAGCGUUGACUUUGUCCAGAUGAUUCUGAAGCAAUUCACCAGGACUGCAAUUCAGGUAUUUCCCCUGAAACUCUUGUAGAAUAAUUGGAAGGAGUCCAACGGUCAUUGAGUCCAACCCCUUGCAAAGCAAGGAAUCACAGCUGAAGUUAUUAUGAUUAUUGUUAAAUCUCUAUCCCACUGAAAGGAGAUUGUUAGCUGCUUUGAGACUCCUUCGGGUAGUGAUAAAGCGGGAUAUCAAAUCCAAACUCUUCUUCUUCUUCUUCUUCACCUUUCCUUCCAAAGAAUCCUAAGGCAGUAAACAGCAAUGCUGUGGAGGGAUUUGCUAGUGGGUGAGUGAGGUGUAGAGGGGGGGGUGAGGGGUGGCGGACGGGCAAACAGGUAGCCAGGGUUGGCUAGGGAAAUGAGCAGGAGCGAUAGCCCCUAGUACUAUAAAAUUGCCAAGUGAUGCUGUUGCCUUGGGUUCUGACUGUUAACUCACCAACUCUAGCAAAACAAUCCACUCUUAAAUACACAUGGGAACAUAGUUAAACGGUUAAGUUCAAAUUAGGUAUCCUGUCUACAAUUAGGGACAUUGGAAAAAUAUAUACAGUGGUACCUUGGUUCUCAAACACCUUGGUACUCAAACAACUUGGAACCCAAACACUGUAAACCCGGAAGUAAGUUUUCCGGUUUGCAAACUUUUUUUGGAAGCUGAACGUGCUCCGUUUUGAGUGCGACACUUUCGUUUUGAGUGUUACACUGAGAUCUGUCUGUUUUUACUAUUUAUUUUGCAUUUUUGUUUUUGUGGCUCUUUUUUUGUGACUGUGUGGAACCCAGUUCAGCUACUGAUUGAUUGAUUGUGUGACUGCAGUACAUUGUUCAUUCCUUUCAUUUUAUAGAUCAGUGGUCUCGUUAGAGAGCAAAAUUCAUGUUAAAAUUGCUGAUUUAGGGGCUGUUUUUAAAAGUCUGGAACGGAUUAAUCCGUUUUGCAUUACUUUCAAUGGGAAAGCGUGUCUUGGUUUUGGAACGCUUUUGGUUUUGGAACAGACUUCCGGAACGGUUUAAGUUUGAGAACCAAGGUACCACUGUAUAGAGGAUUCUGUGCUUUUCAUUUAGAAACUGAUUCCUCGGAGGUGUCUUUGUUUAAUCCUUCUGCAGCACAAGAUGACGGUUCUCCCAAACACCGAAGUUGCGCAGUUGCUCUUGACAAAUUACCUGACGCUCGCCUCUUCUCAAAUGGAAACCUACACAGCAGCAGACUGGAACGCCACUUUUCAGGGGGAACUGCGCUUCCUCUGCUCUGUGGUCAAUGCAACAACCCUUGCUUACUUUGCCCCCCAAAACUACAACUCCUUUACCGCCAUGUAAGUCUCGACGUGAGUUCACUGGGCGCUAGAGGAUGAGGGAGGGAUUUUGUAUGGUCCAUUUCUCGCUGUGGGCUGAGCCAUUUCCAAUGCUCAUAGAAUCUCAUAGAAGAAUCUUAUAGAAUAUCAUAGAACUCUAGAGCUGGAAUCCUGCCCACAGCCGUCACGGGUUAUCAUUUAUUAUUCCUAUGAUCCCUGUUUAUAAAGCCCAAUAAAAAGUUAUUUAAAUAAAAAUAAAUUUUAAAAGGAAGGAAAGGAAGGUAUUGCAGAUGUGCCAGUGUGGAUAGUUGUUUAAACUAUAGUUUAAUGUGAUGAGCACAAAGUGGCAAGCGAUAGGUUUGUGCACUCACGUGGCUAAGAGGAGGUGUUUGGAAAUUUUUAUUUGCAGUUUUGUUUAGUACAGCUUGUUUCAUCCGAACUGACUAACUGGUUAAUAUUUGAAGCAAGUUAACUUGAAGCCCUGGUUGAAGUUCCCAUUGACUCCAGCGGGAACUUUCCCCCUAAUUCAAAGAGCAGAUACAACCCGCAGAUCAGAACCACAGCAGGAAUUUUGUCACAUUAGAUAGCUCCUAUCUCCUAGACUUGUGCACAGAUUGGAACAUGACUCCCAGUGAAAAAGAGGCACUUCUCUGGAUUUUGCAAUGUGGGCAAAAUUGUGCAUGGAGAAGCAUGUGUUUUAUGUGAAUGAUAGGUACAAAAUAUACAUUUUACUGGUGAAUGCUUUCAAAAGCAUUGAAAUGUGUAUUAUGAAAAUGGCACGCAUAAAACACAUACAAAAUGCAUUUUAAAUGAAAUGGGAAGAAAUGGCUUAUAAGGGGACAGAACGGGAUGACAUCACACAGAAGGGGGAUGGAAUGAGAUGGAAUAGCUGGUCAUACUCUUGAGGCAUAUACCAUGUGCAAGCGGAUAAGUGUGCCCCAGAAUCCCUUGCAACAUUCCACAGGAUGGCAAGCUCUUAGCUAUUGUAUAUGUGUGUCUGUGUGUCGUUUCAUCAUCUUUGCUAUUUGUGUCAUGACAGUGUUGCUGGGCUUAGUGGAGCACAUUCCCAAAUGGCAGAACCCUUCAGGAGAGCUGUCGUACUGUGGAUCAUCCAGAACCUCAAAGACCUAAAAGGUAACAUGACCAAAGAAGCCAGGGGGAGCCUGUAGAGCAAUCCCAGAGCCCCAGAUACUUAAAAUGUCCCCUGACAAAUAUCAGUGGCUUCUAGUAUAAUGAAAGGCUCAAAUAUUUCCUGUGUCCUCUUAUUACCCAUUCAGAAAAGCCCAGUGAACCAUUUGCUGAGUGGAUCAAGUUAGCCUGGGGCUCGUUCUUCAAGGACGCCACCUUGGGAGAAGUGGAAUCCAUCAAGGAAGACUUCGAUCCUGUAGGUUUGCUUUCUUGAUGACAAGCAAAUUUUGAAAAAUGAAGUUGUUGCCAAGAAGGCAAGAAUCAGGGGCAUGUGGCUUGUGGGUGCAGAGCAGAAAACUGAGCAUUCAGACGGCGACCCCGGGGGGCAAAGUUUCAUGGAAGGGGCAGCCCCGUACUUGUAAUAAAACAGCUGUUCUUUGUAAGGAAGGGAGGAAUGUGCUGCUGCAUAAAAAUUAAUACUAUGCUGCAUAGUAUUAAUGAUGAAGAUGACGAUUCUUCUUUUCUUGUAUAUGCUCCUUAUUGUAUAUGCUGCUUAUCUGAGAGGUUUACAAAAUAUAAAACAAAUUUGUACCCCAAAUUGUGUCCCAGUAGCCUGAGCUGUUCCCCCACCAAAAGAUAUUACAAAACUAAUAUUAAUUAAAUAAAUAUAAAUUAACCCCUUCCCUUUUUGACCAGUAUUUUAGGAUUCAGAUUAUAUUUCCUUAAAGCAAAAUAAAUUCUACAAACAGGAUUAUAAAUCUUAAGUUUAUAUUUGAUCUAUUAUUCCCCCUUUACAGCAUUCAUUGUUUUUAUAGCCUAUAAUUAAAGCAACCCCCCCUCCAUCAAUUAGUCCCACAUUUAGUUUUCUUAAUUCAUCUAACCCUUCUUCUGUUGAUCCUAUUUUCCCUUGAAAAGACUGAACCAUUUCAUAUGUCAAUUUAUCUGUAUGGAAAGCUGAUAGAUAUAUUACAUCAGAUUGUUUGCCCAUCUCACUCAGUAUUGUCUAUUCUGAUUGGCAGCAGCUCUCAAGGGUCUCAGAUUGAUGUCUUGCCCAUCAUUUCCUACUGAGUUUUUUUUUUUAAAUGGGGGGAUGCUGAGGAUUGAACCUGGGACCUUCUGCAUUCAAAGAACUAAAGUGCACCCCCUAAUCAUUAGGGUUGCACAAAAAUGGGCUGUCCCUUAUUGGUAUAUCAACAUAAAUUGUAUGCUAUCCCUAUCUAUUUUUGUAAUUGAGUGAAAAACUAUGAUUGAGUAGUGUCUAUGUUUUCUAGUUUGCCAUCUUGAACACCCUGAGCACUGAACAGCUGGUAGACGUCAUCACGACCUCGGACGCUCUGGUCAAUGUGACAACCCUGAGACAGGUUCUGUUGAGCCUAGAGACUGGCCGCUCUGAAAUCCCACUUGCAAAGAUGGAUGUGUUCUUGACAAGGCUCAAUUUCAUCCUUGAACAGGUAAGUUCCAAAGAAACAAUCAACUUCCAGCCCCUCCAGUGCAAAGCAAACAUCCAGGAAGCUUCAGUGGAAACAAAAAGAGUUUUGAUCGGAUUGGUGACAUUCCUUGGGGUGGUGGUGGUAAUAAUUUUGCUCUGCAGAUGCCCUCCCAUCUGGUGUGUAGAUUUGCAGUGGCCGAAAUCAUCCUUUCCCUUCAGAAACUUUCCUCCCCUUUUUGCAGAAGAACAUCCCGGGUAUCAGAAAUGCCGAGGUGAGGUUGGAACUGCUCAGCACCGUUUUCAGAAACCUGGCCCGCCAUUUCCGUAAAUUCACUGCUUUGGACUACCAGAACUGGUUCACCACGAAGCUGAAACUCCUUUUGCCCAGCAUCAAUGUGAACCUGCUCCAGCUGAUUCCUCUCGAUGUCAGCUUUGCCUCCUUUCGCGCCAUGUAGGUGUCACCUUUCAUUACUUUCCACAUCAAUUGCAAGUGGCCCCUUUUGAUCAAUCAGCUUCAGAUUUUGUUGGUCAAUCUGCUUCUCAUAUAACGUUAGAAUCUGAGUAGAGUCGAAUGGUAGAAACUGGAUGUUGGACGAUUCAGGACAGACUAAAGAAAACAAUUCUUAACACAGUGCAUACAUAAACUAUGGAACUCACUCCUGCAAGCAGACCUAGAUUAAGGUGGUUGCCAGAAUAGGACCCCCCCAUUCUUCCCCAAAAGGAAUGCAUUAAAUAAGGUGCCAGAAAAUACAUCACAAAGUCUACCAAAUUAUUGCAUAAGACUAAAAUAAAAAAUAAAAAAAUACUCUGAACACAUGCAAUUUCACAACUGUCAGAAAAGCACAAACAAAAAAGCAUUUCACCGGACUUAAUAAACACACAAAAAGCAUGUGCGUUUUCAUAUUUGAAACUCACCUCCCAUUGCUCACUUUUGCUCACUUCCUAAUGGGUCAGUUAUCAGCUCUUAGCCUAACUUACUUCACAUGGUUGUUGAGAAGAUAUAGUGCCUUCUAUUAGCUAUUUAUGGCAGAUAGCUUUAGCUCUUUAAACUCCAGCUGUCUGGUAUUUACUUCGUUUCAUUUCUCUCCUGUUCAUUUGCAGAUUUGGAGGUUUCGAUCAGGUCUUCCCAGAGUUACCCGAGGAGGCAUCCAUCCAGAUCUACAAUUUGAUGAAGAGAAUAAUGCAAUUCCAAAUCAAUGCCUCAGGUAUCUGCUUCAUGGAAUUUAGGGGUGGCAGUGCCUGCUGUGUCAUGGCUGGCUUGGGAUGUUGCUCUGGCAGAUGAGUGGUCUGCUAAGUGUGGUGAAGACUAUCUGUAUAAACGAAUAUUUCUGUGUUUUUGUUUUGCAAAUUUCUGAUUUUUAGGGACAGCAUUCCCUGGUGCUUACAACAACAGCCGGAGCUUCCUGCAACUCCUCUUUUACAGAUUUGUGCGUUUUGUGCCUUACGCUGACUUAGCCAUCUUAUAUCCGAAUUUUAAUGGGGUAAGUGAAUAUUCAGGAUGAAUUUACAUAUUCCCAGAAAUGAAUCGCUGCUUGAUGGUUAAAUCAGAUAGAUAGGUUGUGUUCUAAAAACUCCAUUUUCCUUCAUUCUUAAAAAUAGGUGUUUGUUUAUUUAAAAAAAUGGUUGAUUGGUUUCACUUGACUUUCUUGUAGUUCAUGACAAUAGUGUUCAUGGCACUAAGCUAGAAUUAGGUUUCUUUACAAAAAUGCCGACUGAAGAAUAUGCCUGCCCUUGCUCAACCAAAGCUAAAUUUCUUGGAUGUCUGCUGAAUCUGUUUCUCCAUGAAUUUUCUCCCUGCCAGUUUGAAGCCCUCUCUGCCCUGACUCCAAAGCAAAUGGGCGCGAUGAUGGUUUUUACGAACGCAUUCAGAAAUGAGCGCCUUGCUGUCCAGAUCUUGGCGGAAUUAGAGAAGCGCCCCCCUGAGGAAAUGAGGGACUUCACAGCUGAGUUCACUGCUGCGGUAAACCAGGUAACUGUGCUGCGCUUUCACCUGGACGGGAAAGUAUCAUUUUCUAACUUGCGUCAAAUCCCCCCCCCCAAUCAUUUUGCACAGUCAACACUGAACAAUUGCACUUUCCAUAAAAUUCAUUCUCCCUGCAGUCUUGGAACUUGAAGAAGGUUGUAGCUUUGUGGUAGAAGAUAUGAGUCGUGGGCCCCUUCCCUGGAUGGGAACUGAAAAGAUUGUGGGAGUAUUGUUGUGAAACUGUAUACCAGCAUACAGUUCUUUGCUGCCAUUUUCAUGGGGGGGACGGGACAUAGUGGUAUAGCAGUGAAAAAGCCACACUGCUCCAUAACACAACAGUCACUGCAGUGUGGAAGGAAUGUUAGAAAGCAGGACAGAAGCAGUGACAGUGUAAUCAAGAAAACUAGAACAAUUUCCCCCAAGUUUGAAUGCACUCUCAGCAUAGACAAGAUGGCCUAAUGGUCUGACUCAGUCUCUCUCUCUGUCUGUCUGUCUCUGUCUCAUUAAUUCAGUUUUACAUUGUACAAUUAAAUUCAAACAACAUUCAUAAUCAUCAACAUUUAGGAUUCAUUGAAUCCUUAGACUCCCUCCCCCUUCCAUGGUUUCCACUGUCAAACUUCAUCUACCGCAUCAUAUAAUUUCCCAUAUUUCUUAACUCAAUCCAUUUUUACCUUAGUACAUUACAAGUGUUGCUAAAAUUCUGCCAAAGUUUUUAGUUGUUUACAGUGUUUAUAAAUUUCCCCCAUUCCUUAUUAAAUUUUCCUUCUUCCUGGUUUCUGAUCUUCCCAGUCAUUUUCGUCAUUUCAUUCUGUCAUCUUUAUCAACCAUUCGCCUCUGGUUGGGACUUUAUCUUCCUUCCAACUCUUGACUCAGUGUCAGACUGCUUCCUGUGUUCCUCUGAGCAGGGCACACAGGAGGAGUCCUGCCAGAUUAGUCUCCCCCAAGCUUGUGCCCUUCAAAAGUUUUGGAUGAUGAAUUUCCUCAGUCUUGGCCAUCAUUGGAGGGACCGGUUUGGGGGAGAUCGCACUAUGCUUAGAAUUCAUCCCAUUGUAUUUAUACAUGAGCUAGUUUUACAGGUGGACGGCCUCAUGAAGAGCUCCACUGCAAACUCCCAUUGAAAAGCUAGAAUCUCCUCACAUCUAGAUUUGGAUUUUGCUGGACAAACCACCACCCGCUAAUCUUGGAACUCUACCUGUCCAUUUCCCUUGCAGAGGCAGCUGCUCGUCCUCCCAGACCUCCGGAUCCGUAACUUGAUCUUUGAGAUGGUCUUCAAGACACUCAAGUUCAGCACCUUUUCUGCAGAGCAAUACUCAUUCUGGUUUGGCACUCAGCUCCAGUUCCUCCUGCCAUCUCUUAAACCAAAGGACCUGCUGCUGAUUCCCCUUGAUAUUGACUGCCAGUCUCACCAAAAUUUGUAAGUCUGGGAAAACACCCAUGUCUUUUUAGCCUUAUCAGGGUAGGGACAGUGGAGAAAUUGGAUUCAGUUCUCAUUUAAAGAAAUUUUAAAUCUUCACUUUCUGAAACAAUGCAAAGCACAGCUGUCCUUUGAAAUUUACACUCCCCUGAAUUUUGUAGUGCCAUUCUCUAGCUAGGUGACGUGUACAAAGAAUGCCUAUACUAGGGUAAAGUGUGCAUUUCAGAAUGCAUGUAUUAGUGAAGUCAGAUCCAAAAAUUCGUUUUAUUUGAUAUAACUGUUUUGGAAAAAAAUGUGUCUGUUGGGCAAAGCAGCAUGCAAAAAAUGUGUCUGUUGGGCAAAGCAGCAUGCAAAAAAUGUGUCUGUUGGGCAAAGCAGCAUGCAAAAAAUGUGUCUGUUGGGCAAAGCAGCAUGCAGAAAAUGCACUAAAAUGCUGAUGAUUUUCAUGAGGGCCUCUUAAAAAAAAUUGCAAAUGAUGUGGCAAUGUGUAGAACGGAAUUUAAGAAUUGGAAAAAUGAGAAAUGAAGAGUCAUCAAUCCCUACGUCCAGAUGGUGCUUGAUAACUUGGUCCACCUUUAUGUCCCAUCCUGUUUGUCUUUCUAAAAGGGCAUGAACUACGCUGGAGUUUUGGGACCCCAUUUGAUACAAGCCGUUCACUAUCUUUGUCUUCCUCAGGGUGCAAGCGAUGGACAAGGUGUUCGAUCGUUUUACGGAGGGGCAGAAGAAGGCCAUUCAUGCAAGGAUAUUCAGCUACCUGGAAUCUUAUCAGGCAGAUCAAGGUAUCAGAAGACGGGCUCUUUGUUUUUGGAACUUAAGAACAUGAUCCCAACCGGGUGGCCUACUGGAUUAGACCAGUAGUUCCCAAACUUUUUUGGGCCACUGCCUCCUUGGUUCCAUAAUCUCAUCCCCAGUGCCUUCUACCCUACCCUAUAAAAGGUAUUAUUCAGAUUAGUGGUAUGCAUAACCCACUAAGGAAGAUAAUAACGCAAUGAAAUUCAAAACACUAACAGUUAAUUGCACACUUAUUCAAAUAAAACUAUUUAAUUUAAUUCAUUCAACAAAACAGAUGAACUUGUGAACCCAGCUUUUCAAAGUCUGAUACCCAUUUACAUCUCCAGCACCCCCUGCUCUCCCCUUGCCUCUUAGCACCCCACUAGGUAACCCCACCACCCCACAAGGGGCAGUACCACCCACUUGGUUAAACGCUGGGUUAAACCAAAGGCUCAUCUUGGAAUUCAAUAAAAUACAAGAAAUAAGAAAUAAGAAGAAGCAAUAAAAAUAUAAUUAAAAACUGUACCGCAUCUAGCACAGCACAUUACAACUGAUACUAAAGGCAAAGAAAUAAAGAAGCAAUCCGUGGCAUAAAAAGUUGGGAGCCGCUGUUCUAGCUGAAGAACUGAAAUUCUUUGCAGGAUGCUGGGCCCCCCUCCCCCAAACUGCAUGCAGCUUCACUCAGAAGGUCCUUUAUUCUUCUGCUUUUCUAGGAGAAUUCAGCUUUGCUUGCCCAGUGAUCAAAACUCUUUCUUCUCUUGCAGGGGUCACAUGCUCUCCCAACACCAACAGCAGCCAAUGGAUCCUCAGCAACUAUGGCCAGUUCAGUGCCUUUGCCAGCAUUGCGGAGUUUUUGGCAGUGAAUGUGAACUUCAAUGGGGUAAGGGAACCUUUGCCAGCAGGGGUUGUGCUGGGGGAAGAGGCAGAUUGUAAGCCCUUGAAGUGGGGCCAAAUUGGAGGGACCAGUCCUUGGAGAGCGGCGCAACUUGCCCAUAGCAUGAUGCCUAGGUUCUAAACUCCGCUGUCAGAGGUAGCAUGUCUCUGAGUACUAGUCACUGGGAAUCCCAGGUGGGGAGAGUGCUCAGGGUCCUGCUUCCCAUUGGGAUGUUUAGUUGACCAUAGAGGAUGCUGGACUAGGCAGGCCUUUAGUCCGAUCCAGAAGGCUCUUCUUAUAUGCUUAUGAUGUUGGCUAGAGACCCAGCCUGGAGAGCCACAGAUUCCCAGGUACACAACAUUCUGUUGCGUACCAAGUCUUUUUUAAACAUGGGUGGUGCUGUGGGUUAAACCACAGAGCCUAGGACUUACCGAUCAGAAAGUCGGUGGUUCGAAUUCCUGCAACGGGGUGAGCUCCCAUUGCUCGGUCCCAGCUCCUGCCAACCUAGCAGUUUGAAAGCACGUCAAAGUGCAAGUAGAUAAAUAGGUACCGCUCCAGCGGGAAGGUAAACGGUGUUUUCGUGCGCUGCUCUGGUUCGCCAGAAGCAGCUUAGUCAUGCUGGCCACAUGACCCGGAAGCUGUACGCCGGCUCCCUCGGCCAAUAAAGCGAGAUGAGCGCCGCAACCCCAGAGACAGUCACGACUGGACCUAAUGGUCAGGGGUCCCUUUACCUUUACCUUUACUAUUGGUUGCAACUGUACAUAAGCAGCAAAAUGUGCACCUUUUCAGAUUUCAGCAAUGGCAGAGCUAUCUGCAAACCAGCUGGCUGAGUUGGCGGUGGAAUCGGGAGCGCUGGCUGAUGGGAGUGGCAUCAUGGAGAUCAUGGGCAACCUGAAGACCGUGGAAGACCUUGCCAUAUUCUUGGGCAAGCUGAACACCAUUGCCCCGGUAUGUGGCUGCUCUCUGGGAGUUUGGGGGGCUAUUUAUUUAUUUCAUAAAAUUCAUAUACUGCUUGAUUGUUUUUUUUUUAAAAAAAAUCCUGCAUCAAAGUGUUUUACGGAAAGAAUAAUAUAAUAAAAUUAUCAGUUAAAAGCCAUUAAGAACAGCCAUUAGAAACCUUUGGAAAACAAUUAAAAUCAAUGAUAAGCUGCAAACCAGAUUAAAAAUAUAUGUCAACAUUCUGCAGGCACUGAAAAGAGUACUGUGAAGGUGCCUGCCAUUUGUCAAUAAGCAGAGAGUUUCCAAGUGUAGAUGCUGCCACACUAAAAAAUUGAUUUCUUACAAAUGCAGAAUGUGUUGUGUGACACUUGUCACAGUGUGAGUUCCACAGAUUGGGCAUAUAUGGGGUAAGGGGGUGUCAAAAAUUAUACACAGAUUUGACUAGCUUAUGACUGCACAUAGCAUGUUGCCUUGUGGUAUAACGUAAGCCUGAUUUUUUACUAGAGCAGCUUUCCUCACCCUGGUGCCCUUUGUAGAUGUUUUGGACUACAACUCCCAUCAGCCCAAAUCAGCGAGCAUUGUGGUCGUGGCAGUCGUGAAUAAGUAGUAGAAGCAUACCUGGUACUUCUCAGAAUGACAUAGCAACAGAAGACAGGUGCCUCCCUCAAGGAGAUCACCAUGUAGACCAAAUUUCAGUGGCAAGCUAAGGGCAGGGGAGGAAAGAGGCAAGCUAAGGGUUGCAACAGAUCCAUGUGAGUAAAUGUUCCACAAAUUUACGCUUCAUUUCAGUUGGCAAUAUGGACUAGGAGAUUAAACCAAAGGAUCUGGAGGAAGAGUAGGUUGCAAGAAGGGCCUUGAAGGAAAUGACAUGGAGGCACCACCUCGCUUUGGGGGUGGGGAAGGGUUCCAGGAGCACCAGAGCAUGUGCAGAGUUGUUUAAUGAAUACUGGGUGGCAAUUUCUGUUCACAGAUGGAAUUGCAAAGCAGUUCGUACGCCGGUUCCAUCUUGAGCAUUGCCUUCCAAAGGAUAGCGAUCAACUUCCCGAAGUUCAAAGCCAGUGAUUUUGCCUACUGGUUCCAAGUUAUCUUCCAGAACGUUCUGCAUGAGUUCAAUGAGACCCUUGUGGUGGACAUUCCGCUCAAGAUAUCGUGUGACUCCUACCAGAAAAUGUGAGUGUGUUGCGUGGCGUGGAAAUGAAUGCUCACCUCGAACCUGUACCUGCCUAUCAGGCAAACAAAUGCAAUAACAGACUGUUGGCACAAAAAUCAAUAAAUUGCUAGCCAGUCACACCAAAAGAGAAAUAUUAGGGGUGAUGGCGGGAAGGGAAGCCAUCCAACACUUCAGUAGGAAGUGAGCAAAUGAGGAUGACUCAGAAGGAUGACCCAGAUUAGUAUCAGCAAUUUUCUAGGGUCAGGUGACACUUAAUUGUUGGUUCCCUUUGUGUCAAGCAUAGAAGCCGCCUGGGCUGAAACCUACCUCCUGGCCAGCUGCAGUGCUGUUGUACAGUGAGGCGGCAGGGUGGCCCAGGAAACAAGGUGGCCAAGUCCUUUAGCUGGUGUCGCUCCUACAAGUCCCCUCCAAAAAGAUUGAGUGAGAUGCUUACAGGGUACGAUGAAAUCUUAUCUGUAAAGCACAUCUUUCCAUCUGUGAGUGCAAAGACAGCACCACUCUAAGGCCAAAAUGGACAAGAAAAGAAAUGAAAAAAGCUUGUUCCAUCGUGUGCACCCAGAAUAACCUGGGGUGAAGUUCUGUGCGGGUGAAAAGCUUGCCUAGUGGUUAGAGUAUUGGCUGGGUUUGCCAUUGAGUUCUGGCUAACAGUGACAUUGUCUGCCCGUUUUGCUUCCCAGAUUGAAAGGUUUCAACAAUGUUUUUGCCAACAUCCUGCCUGGAAAGGCCCUCAGUGUAUUUGGAUUCAGCAAAGCUUUUUUGACUACAAAAAUCAAAUCAGGUAACACAAGCCCUUUAAAAAAAAAUCUACCUACCUAUCUGAAUAAAUCAGGGCUGUCGCUUCAUGAAAUAGAUAACAAUCAUAUUCAACUAAUCAUGGGAUUUAAUAGAUCCAUUCUUUAGUUAAUCACAUCUGAAUGAAUGUGCAUAUUACUGGAGUCAUAGGGGAAGCAUUUUCCCCAUGCUUUUGAGAUGGUGGGUCCAUGUGUGGAAACCAGAUGUCAUUGCAGAAGAUGUUUUCUCCUUUGCAAGAGAGGUAGAGAAGGUUCUUGCCACUUGUGGGUUUGGAAGGUGAGAGCAAGGGAACGCAAGGAGAGUCCUGCAGGAUCAGGCCAAAGGCCUAUCUAGUCCAGCAUCUUGUCCUCACAGUGGCCAGGCAGAUUCUUCUUCUGGGAAGCCUCCUGAGUGCCAUGGACACACUCCCUCCAGUUGGGAUUCCCAGCAUUUUGGUACCCAGAAGGCAUCCUGCCUCUCACAGUGAACAUAGCCAUUGUGACUAGUAGCCAUUGAUAACCUUCUCCUCCGUCGUGUGUUUGCCCGAUCCUCUUUUAAAGCCACGCAAGUUGGUGGCCACCACUGUCUCCUGUGGGAGUGAGUUCCAUAGUUUAACUGUGCACUCUGAGAAGCAGUUCUUUCUUUUGUCAGUCCAGAAUCUUCCAGUCAGCUUCAUUGACAAAUACAGUGGUACCUCAGGUUACAUACGCUUCAGGUUACACACUCUGCUAACCCAGAAAUAGUGCUUCAGAUUAAGAACUUUGCUUCAGGAUAAGAACAGAAAUCGUGCUCCGGCAGCGCGGCAGCAGCAGGAGGCCCCAUUAGCUAAAGUGGUGCUUCAGGUUAAGAACAGUUUCAGGUUAAGAACGGACCUCCGGAACGAAUUAAGUACUUAACCUGAGGUACCACUGUACAGGUGAAGCUGGAAUGGUUAGGAUUUUUAUGAAAGCCUUUCUCUAACUGCACCCAGACUGCGGAACUCCCUUCCUUCAUGAGGUCUGCAUGGUCCUCUUCGGUGUCAGUCUUCUGCCACUGAGCUGAAACCUUUUAAGAAUUUCUAUUUUAUUUAGAUAUUUGCUAAUUUAGCAUUCUUAAUAGCUGAUUCUACUGUUGUUGUUGUUUUUACUCUGUUGGGAAGAUGCCGCCAUGUAUUGAGUCAGACCAUUUGUCCAUCUAGCUCAGUAUUGUCUACACUGGCCGGCAGCUGCUUUCCGGGGUUUCAGGCAAGGGACUCUCUCCUUGCCCUACCUGGAGAUGCCAGAGAUUAAACCUGGGAUCUUCUUCUUCUGCAUACAAAGCAGAUGUCCUACCACUGAGUUGUGACACUUCCUAGUUCUCAUUCCAAUUAUGUAAUUUGCUUUAUGAUAUACUGUUGUUUCAAAGUGUGAAAGGUGCCUUGCAUGUGAUUUUCAGGGCAGGAUGUAAAUUUCCUAAAAUCAAAAGACAAAUAAAUAUGUGCUCUAAUCAUGAUUGACAGGGUGCCGUUGGUUUUUUGUUUUGUUUUUAAGUCUGCUGCACAAAAGCUCUUUAAUCAAUUAGUUCACUGGCCAAGCACUGUAGCUCUGAGAGUUGUUUAUGUAAGGCUCUAGGUGAGGCUGGGAAUGCAAAGAGCCUUUGUCUUUUUGCCAUGCUUGGCUUAGCAGCGUAAAGUAAAACCAAGCCCUUGUUUUGUACACUUUUCUUUAGGGAUGGGCCCUGAAGACGUCCUUGGACUCCAACUCUCAUCAGCCCCAGCCAGUGCGGCCAAUGGGUGACAGGCGAUGGGAGUUGGAGUCCAGCAACAUCUGGAGGGAUGUUGGUUUCCCCUCGCAGCUUUUCUGCUUGCCUACAAUUAAUAUAAUUGGGGCAGAUUCACACUGAAGGCGCAUGACUUCCCCCAAGAAGCCUGGAAACUGUAGUUUAUUAAGAAUACUGGAAACUGUAGCUCUGUGCAGAUGAAACUUCAGUCCCCAGGGUUCUUCGGGGCAAGCUAUGUGCUUGGGUGUGCUUAAAAAGUGUGGUGUGGAUCUGCCCCUGGUUGACUGGUUGGGAAUGGGGGCUGAGUUUCCUUCUGUACUUGAGUUUUGCACCACUGGCUAAAGUCAGCAUGCUCAAUUGCAGCCUUAGCUGACCUGUUUUGGACUACAACUCCCAUCAGUCCCAGCUGGCAUGCUGUAUGAUGCUGGGGCUGAUGGGAGUUGUAGUUCAUCUAGAGGUAGGAACUAGGGGGAAAUAGGUUCUGUUCGCAUUUUAAUGAGAAACUGCCUACUUUACACUUACUAAACCAACAUUAUUAUUUAUUAAAUUUGUUACUCUAUCUUGCCCAAGGCAACACAAAUAUGCCAUCUGAAACACAGCUAUUCUUCAAAAUUUGCGCAUCUCCAGACUUUUGAUGUAGAUGUCCAACCAAAUAGUGUGUACAAAAAUGCAUCUAUAACACAUCCAUAAAAUGCAUAGAUUAGUGAAAAUAACAUUGCUUUAAAUAUGUGUAUAUUAGUGAAGACCACAUACAAAAAAAGUGGCCAUCAGUAGAAAUUUGUACCAAAAUGUUGAUCAAUUUUCAUAAGAGGUUUUUUGUUUUUUUUUAAAUCACAAAUGUCUUGGGAAAUAUGUGGGACUGACUUUAAGAUCUGAUAAACGAGAAAUUUGUUCCUCCCUCACUGAGUGGCAUCAGGUUUGUAAAGGCUGCUGCAAAUGGUUCAUGGGAAUGAACAGCUUCUCGCUCAUUCCAGGCAUUGCAUGUGGGAGGCCCACUCAGAGCGUCCAGGAGUGGCUGGAAAUCAAUCUUGGGAACUUCAGCCGAUACGCCCAAUACCAGGACCUGCUCAGCUGGAAUUUGCAUUUUGACGGAGUGAGUAUUUUAUAUCCAGGAUCUGUUGGCAUGGGACCUAUCAGGCUUUUUCACGGUAACAUUUCUUGCAAACGAGUGAAGUAAUUUAUGGCCAAAGCAACUUAGCAGAUGGUUAGAGAUUAGCCAGUUUGGGAUCCCCUGCUUAGCCUUUUGUGGUUAGGAGAAAGAAGCUUCCAGCCACGCAUGUAGAUGUCUUCAUGUGGCUGUUUCACUCGAUAGAGAGGAAAUCCCCACAGAAAUGUACUUGCUGUUUUAGCAAGUCCAAUCGUUCCCAGUCAGUGAUGGCUGAAGUGGCAUUUUUCAACCUGAGGAAAUUUUCGUGGUAAACCUUCUGAGGGCUGCAUGCCGCUGGUGGUCGGGGCCAGAGGCAAAAACCGUGUGGACUGAUGGACAUGGCUCUUACUUCUGUGCAGCCAAUCAAAAGCCAGAGAGUUCUAUAUCCCGCCUUUCCACUUUCCAUCACGGCACGUGAGAGGCGGGAUCGCAAUUCAAGGAUACAUUCCAGCCAAGCAAACGCCCUGGAGUGGGGCACAGAGCAGGGGCAAUAGGGGGCAUAGUCUAGGGAGGAAGUGUGGCUCAGCAAGAGUCCCGAGGGCCAUACAGGGAAGCUUGAAGGGCCACAUUUCCCCCUGUUGGGCCUUAAAUUGCCCACCCAAGAUCUAAAUCAGGACUUUCUAAACUUGGGUCUUCAGCUGCUUUUGGACUAUAAUUCCUAUCAUCCCUGACCACUGGUCCUGUUAGCUAGGGAUGAUGGGAGUUGUAGUCCAACAAUAGCUGGAGACCCAGGUUUGGGAAAACCUGAUCUAAAUAGUCUAGGCAGUCCAUUGUAUCAGGGAUAGGGAGCGUGAGGCCCUCUAGGGACUACAACUUCCAUCACCCGUGACCAUUGGCCAUACUGGCAGGGGUUGAUGGGAGCUGGUGUCUGACAACAUCUGUAGGGCAACAAAUGUUCCCCAUCCUUGCAUUAUGUGGACUGACCUUUGGGCAGAAAGAUGGUGCUUAUUUAUUUAUUACCUGCCCUUCACCCUAAGGUCCCAGGGCAGGUGACAACAUUAAAACACAUUGUUAAAGAGCAGUUUAAAACAGCUUGCAAUCACAAAAAUAAGGUGGAUCCUAACAAUGUGUACAUCGAGUGUCAAAUGGCAGGGUAAAAGCAUCCCAAGGAUCAUAUAGGGAAAGAUUUCUUAAUUUCCCUGAAGCUUCCCCGCAACAACACAGUAUGCUAGUACCCAAAUAUGCUGAUUCUCCAGAAUAAAUGGGCUAGUACAAUCCCAAUUAAUUUCGUUUGGGCUCCUUGCUCCCUCAAUUACCCAACCACACUCCCUGUCCAUAACUCACACCUCUGCUCCUUGAUGACACAUGAGCAAAAUCCUGACCUUCCCUAACAAUGUUUGUGCACAUUCUAUAGCUGACAAUUUCCCGCUUGAGCAGUAUUUUUUCUGAUGUUCUCUAGUAUCUCCUGCAUUUUUUAAAAAAUUGGGUGCCGACUCUAAACCAGAAACAUAAGGAGUGCAUAUGUAGGCAUCGCAACUUAUUACAGACUGCUUGAAAAAUUCACCAUCAUUUGAUUGAUGCUCCCCUGCAGAUGGCUGUUCUGCAAUCUUUGUCUCCACUGCAACUUGCAUCCCUCACUCUGAAGUCUGAUGCCAUCAAUGAAGAGGAGAAGAUGUGCCAGAUUCUUGCAAGACUGCAGAACAAACCACUGGAAGAGAUCUACCAGUAUUUGGACCAAUUCAACACAGAUGCCGAUAAGGUACGGCCUUCAAAUAUUUACUAAAGAAAAGCAAAACUCCAAAUCAAGUUAGGCCUUUUUGCCAGCCAAACUGACUUUUCCGUUCCCUCACAGAACCCACAUUGCUUGUAUGCAUUCUGUUGCUGAGAGUUUUCACCUGGUGUUAGAAUGUUAAUGAACCUUGCAUCUAUCCCUGCAGCUCAGCUGGGGGAAAAUAAGCAGCAAAUCACAGUCAAUGGGAUAGCCUCUCAUUGCCCGUUAUAGACAACAAAGUUAAGAUAAAUCCAAAUAGUUAAGCAAAAGAGUUUGCUAUUUUUUCCUUCUCUCUUUAAAUUGUAGCUUGGAAUAACGUCUCUCAAAGACGAAGGCAUAAGGCAAAGGAUGCUCUCUCAUUUUGUGGAGGCGAUUGGAUCUGAACUCUCAACCUUCAGCCCUGCAAACUGGACUCAUUUGCUGUCCACAAGGCUGCUGCUUUUCCUGCCAAGUGUCAGCGCAAAGGAAUCCAAAGAGAUCCUGUCUUAUGUUUCAGGCUGUGAUGCCUUCCAAGCUGUGUGAGUAUAAACCGCCAUUGUUCUCUCUGUUACAAGUAUUCAAAGGAGUGUGCCAACGUGUAAGUAACCAAAAUGGUGAAUCCCAUGUGCAAGAGGGGCGUAUCAGCAAAUUUGGGGGAAGCACAGGAUUUGUGGAAGUACAACAACAUACAGUGGUACCUUGGGUUACAGACACUUCAGGUUACAGACACUUCAGGUUACAGACUCCACUAACCCAGAAAUAGUACUUCAGGAUGAGAACAGAAAUCGUGCUCUGGCGGUGCAGCGGCAGCGGGAGGCCCCAUUAGCUAAAGUGGUACCUCAGGUUAAGAACAGUUUCAGGUUAAGAACGGACCUCCAGAACGAGUUAAGUUUUUAACCUGAGGUACCACUGUAUAGGUUGCGGAGGGUGGGUGGACUAAAUGAGGAAAAACCCUAAAGCAGCCCAAUGAAGAAUCAGCAAGGUUGGUCCAUGAGGAUAUGCAGAGUACCACCUCACCAACCACAAUCUGCCCCCAGCCAGCCACCAUCUUCUUACUUACAACCAGUUAGGAGGGCAACACUGCCUAUCAACUUCCUCCUCCUUAGUGUCAGUGUUGCCCUUCUAGAGGACUCAGUAGAGAAGAGGAUGGGGACAGAACCAGAAUGAGCUGUCUCUGCCUGUCCUUGGCUCUGUCGCCACCUACUGUUGGGCUCCCUGCCCUUCCACCCCAGCAGUCCUCAUCAGCACCAGCCACCACUGUUGAGCAUGCUCAAUGGGAUUCUGUCUGACUCUGCAAACCAGGGGGACUGGAAUGGAGUAUUGUGGAGGAGGGCUUGGCUGGCUUAUUAAAACAAGGAACAGUCCACACUGCCAUAUGGUCUCCUUUCUGGUGCACAGGCCAAAUUCAUUACUGGAAGAUUCUAUCCAAUGGAGUGCGAAACUGAAUUAAAGGAGCAGGAAGGAGAUUCAUGUCUGGGAACCAUGUCUGGAGAGAAAGAAGCAACCUAUGGUUCAGCCUCCCCCGACCUGGUGCCCUUCAGAUGGCUUGGACUACAACUCCUACCAGCCCGAAUCAGCAUAGCCAAUGGUUGAGGAUGACCAUCAUCCUAGACCACUGAGAACUAGUGAUGCUGAUGGGAGUUGUGCUUUCCAGAUUCUUUGGACUACAAGGUUGGGGAAAGCUGGACCAUAGUUUUUAUGAGUGUUGAAGAUGUUGUGAUAGAUACAUUGUGGCUGGUGGUGGACAUAUUAACUAUGAGCACUGCAGGAAGUCAUCACUUGAUGUUGCACUCCUUAGGUCAGGGGUAGGCAACCUAAGGCCCAUGGGCCACAAGAGGCCCACAGGAGUCGUUUAACCGGCCCCCGAGCCGCCCCCUGACUCUGGCCUGUUCUUCUGCUCUUCUGCAGACAUUUCUGACACAACCUUUUUUCUUCAGGGUGUCCUCGCUGAGCCAAGUUUACUCUGCAAUACUACCAACCAACCAACUAGGUGUCUACAGGACCUUGUUUUCCUACCUUGACAACCAGCACAAGACCACAGGUAAUUCGGUGGCACCAUUUUAAGUUUGCAGUUCAGGGCCAUGGAUUGGAAGCGGGGAGAAAGCUGAUCCAGUUGAUUUCCAUUUCAAGGCAUAUCUUCCUAAUUUGGUGCCUUCAUUACAUAUCUUUAGGAACCAGACAAAUAUGUUCCUCUUCAACAGGCCUUUGGGUAAUUAUAUUGUAAACCACCUUGUGGUAUUCAGAUGAAGGGCGGUAUAGAAAUUUAAUUAUUAUUAAUAGUAAUUCACACUUUCUGAAACAAAACGAGAAUGAAAAUACUGCAGUCCUUUGAACAUUACACUUCUCUGAAUUUUGCAAUACAGUGCUCCAACCAAAUCAUGUAGAGAGAAAAAAUGCAGAUGCUGGAGUAAAGUAUGUAUAAAAAUGCACGUAUUCAAGGAAAAUAGCAAGCAAAAAUGCAUUAUAUUUGGGAACAUUGCUUUGCAAAAAAAAAGUGUAUAUUAGGCAGAAUUACAUACAACAUUGUAUAUAGGGAAAACUAUUCUUCCAUAUAUUGGAUUUUUUUUUCUUAAUUACAAACUGAAAUGGGAAUAUGGAGAACUGAACUAAAGAUUGGGAAAAUGAAAAACUGAGGGAGACUGAAAUCGGCAGAUUCCUCCAUCCCUAGCCAUGGGCAACGUGUGACGCCAGGAUGGUGGGGUCUAGGCACUUUAGAGAGCUGGUGGGGAACAGAAGUAGAGGCACGAGCCCCUGGGAAUGGGGCCUGAGAGGGAUCCAGCAGGGAGGUGGGCACCUAGGGGAGAAUUCAUUCCUCUUGAGUAGGAAUAGAGAGAUCAAACCCACCCAGUUUUGAAUUCUUGGCCGAAUGAGUUGCCACCUGCAACUAUGCCAAUGAAUCCCACAUGGGGCCCUGUUCAGAAAGGCUUGUUUGUUUACCGACACUGCAGGAUCGGCGUGUGCCUCCAACACCGGGGAUUCCGAGGCAUGGCUGCAAGAUAACCUGGGGGCCUUCGCAGCCCAAGCUCCUUAUGGCGAUUUCACCACUCUGAUGGCCACGUUCAAUGGGGUACGUUGCAGAGGUUGCCUUGUGUUGAUGCAUAAUGCCCACCCUGUGCUCCAGAACCCCACCAAAUGAUUAGGAAGUCUAUUUUGCAUUAGGGGAAGAGGGCAGAGCAGUUGCUUUGCAUGCAGAAGGUCCUUGGUUCAAUCCCUAGCGCCUUCAAAGAGUGGCAGGGUGAGACUCCUGCCAGAGAAACCCUGGAGUUCUGCUGCCAGUCAGUGUAGACAAUCCUGAGUGAGCUGGGUCAGUGAGAGGUCAGUUCUGCGAGUUUUCCACAUUCCACACUUGCAAAAAGAAUAAUUCUUCAUUUCAGGAGGGGUGGAAGUGAAUAUUCUGCACAACAGCCCAAUUGAGGAGCUUCAUCCCACACAUGGGAGAAGCAAAGGGCUGCCUACCUUUCUCCCUCCCCAAAUCUUCUAAAGCAGUCUUCCCCGAUUGGGUACCCUCUAGGUGUCUUGGACUACAAUUCCCAUCAGCCUCAGCAAGCAUGCUGGCUGGGGCUGAUGGGAGUUGUAGUCCAAAACAUCUGGCGGGCACCAGAUUGGGGAAGGGUUGAAGAAGUCUCUAAGUAUAUGCUCGAAUGUGUGUUUUUACAGUUUGAUAUCCGGGGCAACCUCACUGCCACCCAACUGGCUCAUGUCUUUUUUGCCUCUGGCGCCCUGGAUGAUCCUGAUAAAGUCAGUGCCCUUCUGGAACCUUUGGAGAACAAGCCUGUUGAUGACACCCUUGCUUUUAUGACAGAGUUUGCAGCCUUGGCUGCUCAGGUGAGUUGUCUUUUGUUAGCUUUGGUUUCUAUCCAUUUGAUAAGAUCCCUUUAAUUUCUGGAGCUCUCCUGGUGCUGCAUCCUUCGCUGCUUCUCUUUGGGGAUAUCUGAGGCCCAGUGUGGUGUGGUGGUAAGAGUGUCGGACUAGGACCUGGGAGACCGGGGUUCAAACCCCCGCUUGGCCAUGAAGCUCUGUCUCUCUGCCAUUCUUCUCUCCAGCACAAUCACAUUCCUCUGUGCUACUCUGGCCAUUUUGAAGGCUGGGGCCAUGACCUGUUCCUUCUGUGUUUCUGGUUGGCAGAGCGGCGUGACAUUCCUGGCAAACACGGAGGUGAGGGACAAGAUAUUUGACGUCAUCUUCAGCGAAUUACAGAGCCUGCUAACGACAGCCGGCACCUCCCAGUACGAAGACUGGUUCCAGAAAACAUUGACCCUCGUGCUUCCCAGCAUCAACGCCACAGCCCUGGCAGCCAUUCCACAGAGCAUCCCCUGCAGCACUUUCAAAGCCAUGUGAGUCUUCAACCAUCUGCAGGUUUGCCAGGAGGGGGCAAAGGAACCAGUUUCCAGGCCCAAUUUAAAGUGCUGGUUUUGACUGAUAAAGCCUUGUGUGGUUCAGGAUCCCAGUACGUCAAAGACAGCCUCUCCCCAUAUGAACCCAGACCCUGUGAUCGCCAUCUGAAGCCCUUCUUCAUGUGCCCCCUCCGGGAGAGGGGCAAUUUGAGAAGGGGCCUUCUCAGUGGUGGCUCCCUUCUUGCAGAAGGCUCUCCCCAGGAAGGCUCACCUGGCAUCAUCCUUACAUAUCUUUAGGCACCAGGCAAAAACAUUUGUUUUCUGCCAGACCAUUGGCUUUUAAUCAUCUGUGGCCUUCUUGAGUGGGUGGGGCUGUUUUAAUCCUGCCUUUUAAAAUAAGCAUGAGUUUUAGAUUUUUCUGUUUUGUUCAACACUGGUUUGAAUGUACGUGUUGUUAUCGUAAGUUACUUUUGUAAGGAAAAAGAAAUCUAGUAAGUUUAAAUCAUCAUCACCAUCAUCAUUAGCAAACAAGAGGUUAAUUGGUAUAAAGACUUUAAUAUGUUUCCCCUCCUGUUCCUUCCUCUCCCACCCAGAAUGGCUGGUUUGGAUGGCAGCUUUCGACAUAUGUCAUCAGACAGUCGCCAAGAUGUCUACAACUUUGCCAAAGGCUACCUGAUGACCAAGACGUCUCAAGGAGGUAGGUGUCAAAACCAGAAGGUGUUUGCUAUGUGGGUGUAAUUGCUUUGCUUGCUUCCCAGCUGGCAGGGAGUGCUGUUGUUACUGGAAGCAAAGAGGGACCAUUGGUCCAGUUCAGUAUAAGGCUGUUUCCUCUGCUCCUUCGCCACUCAUAGCAGCUGUAUCAGUGCAAAUGGAAUAUAGUGUGAUAGCAUAUUGCAAGGAGUCACUUUUUCAGGAAAAGGGGUCCUGGAUGCACGAAAUGAUUCUCCAAGAGUGAUUUUUUUUCUUUUUUCCAUUCCAGGAGAUCCCUGUACUGAGAAUACUCGGGGCAGCUUGGGUUGGUUAACAGCCAACUUUGGGUCCUUCAGCUCAUUAGCCAGUUAUAAAGACUUGGUUGCCAUUAAUGGAGAUUUCCACCCGGUAAGUGACCUUGCUGGACCAGGGGCAGGGGGCAGAGGCUUAUUCAUGACUUAGCCAAAAGUAUUGGGGGGGGGGAGUGAGUUGAAUUCAUUUCACAUUGAAAGGCUAGCCUAGUUAAUUUGCCCUUUUCCAAAACAAUACAAGAACCAAAACGUAGUUGUCCUUUGAAAUUUGAACCCUCCGAAUUUUGCAGUGCUCUCUUCCAACCAACCAGCGUUUACCAGAAUUCAUAUUUAAGGGGAAAUUGGGCAUUAAAAUGAAUAUAUUAGAUAAAAUAACAUACAAAAAUACAUCGUGUUAGGGGAAAUUGCUUGGCAAACACGCACAUUCAUCAAAACUGUCUGUUGGACGAAAUUCGCACUAAGAAUUUUUUUUAAAUGCAGAGAACUGAAGAUGGUAAAAAUGAGGAACUGACAGAAACAAAAUUGACAGAUCCCCCUGUCCCUGCUCUGCUGACAGUUUCCUUUGCUAAGAACCAGCUUUGCUCAUUCUUUAGAUGGAUGCAGUUGCGAGACUCACGCCAUCUCAACUGGCUGAGUACACACUGGCGAGUGACACCCUGCGCGACAGUGAGAAAGCUGGGAAGGUCUUUGGCUCCCUUGAUUCACACAACAUUGGAGAAUUCAUGGAUGCUUUCAAUGCGGCUGCCCAACAGGUUUGCAAGACUCCCCUCUUCCUCCCCCUGCCUUGUUCAAAGUGCAGCAGCAGGGCUCAUUCAGUUUGUUACUUAAUUCUACUAGUGUUAACGUCAACCAGCCAACAGAGAAUGCUAGGUAGAGUGGUAUGAUAUUCAGGGAGACAGCAUGUGAUCUGAUUGCCUGUGUAGUUCUGGGGGAGUUUCCCCCGUUUAUGUUUGGUUGAAUGUCUCCCUGCCUUGUACAAGGCCUCAACUGAAAGUCAAACGCUCUCUGUCGUUUCUUUUCAAAUUAUACAUAGUUCUGGUUCACUUUGCUUAGUAAAGUGUUAUCAUGACUUUUAUCUCUGGACUCUGUCGGCAUUAAUCAAGUGACUUUGCUAACACAUUUCCCUAUUGAAGGUUGCUCCAUUAGAGUGAUGGGGUAUUGCCCAACAGCCUUACUUCAACCUCCCCAACCUGGUGCCCUUCAGAUGUUUCCAACUUCAGCUCCCAUCAAGCCCAGCCAGCACUGGAGGCAUCAGCUUGCCAAUGGCAGCCAUAGAUCAUGCCAGCUGGGGCUGAUAGGACUUGCAGUCCCAAACUUCCGGAGAGUACCAGGUUGGGAAAAACAGGCUAAGCAGGUUGCUACUAAACAGAGGGUCUUCUCUGCAUUGGCACCACAGCUCAAUAACUUCCUCCCCAAGCCCAUUUGCUUGGCGCUGCCUUUGGUAAGCCUAUCUUGUUGAAUUACCGUAUUUUUCGCCCCAUAGGAUGCAUUUUUCCCCCUCCAAAAAUGAAGGGGAAAUGUGUGUGCGUCCUAUGGGGCGAAUGUAGGCAUUCGCUGAAGCCUGGAGAGCGAGAGGGGUCGGUGCGCACCGACCCCUCUCGCUCUCCAGGCUUCGCGCAGAUCUCUGCAAGCCGCAGGAGCCCGGCGCUGGGCUCCCAUGGCUUGUGGAGAGUUGCCUGCAUGCCGAAGGCUGGGCGUGCUGAGCUCAGUGCGCCCAGACUUCGCGCGACUCUCCGCAAGGCGCGCGAGCCCGGCGCUGGGCUCCCACGGCUUGCGGAGAGUUGCCUGUUCUGGGGGCUGGGGUCGGGGGAAGCUCGGGCUUCCCCCACCCCAGCCCCGUGCCUGGGGGGGAAAAAAAUAAAUUCCCCCCUUUAUUUCCCCCCCAAAAAACUAGGUGCGCCUUAUGGGACGGUGCAUCCUAUAGGGCGAAAAAUACGGUAACCUCUUACAGCAAUGACUAUUGGCCUGCCUUUAGCUGUUGUCUACUGACUUAUUUGUAGGUUUAUUUUAUGCUGUGCCAUUUCAUUUGUGGGCCUUUUCCUUAACUGUGUUUAUUGCUCAUCAUCUACCCCAAGGGUAUCUAAUAUGGUCUCCUCCAGAUAUUUUGGACUACAGCUCCCAUUGACUGACGAUGGGGGCUGAGGUCCACAACAUCUAGAGGGCACCUGGUAAAUGAUACACUUUGACAUUAGGAUGUUAGUUAGCUAGGCACACCUGUCCUCCUAACACUGAACCUUCUGUGCUUUUUGCUUUCUUCUUAAAGCACCAGCUCACUCAGCUGCCCAACUUGGAGACCAAACGGUUCAUCCUUGGUGAGAUCUUCUGCCACUUGAGUGGCGUGCUGAAGCUCUUCACCACAGAGGACUAUGCUGCGUGGUUUGGGCAAAGGCUCCCUCUCUUCCUGAGCAGUCUUGAUGCCCAGAACCUUGGCUUCCUGCCCAGUGACAUGUCCUGUGAUUCUCUGGCAGCCAUGUAGGUACCAACUCUAUGCCUAUCCCAAGGUGGGGUUGAUGGCGGAGUCAUUUGGCAUGGUGCAGCCAAGGGUGAGGAGAACAGUCACAGAAACUCAAAAACUCAGGCAGUUGGGUCAUCUAACUCAGUAUUGUCUACACUGACUGGCAGCUGUUCCCCAGGGUUUCAGGUGGGAAUUUCCCCUAGCCCUACCUGGAGACUGAACUUGGGACCUUCUGCAUGCAAAGCAGAUGUUCUGCCUACUGAGUUCUGCCCAUUAUCCUAGGAAACUGCCUUAGACUGAGUUAGACCAUUGGUUCAUCUACCUCAGUAUUGCCAACAAAGGCUGGCAGCAGCUCUCCAGUGUUUCAGACAGAGAGUCUUUCCAAGCACUGCCUGCAGAUGUUGCAAAUUGAAAUUGGGACCUUCUGCAUGCAGAGCAGGUGCCCAGUCACCGGGUGAUGGGUCUCCUCCCCAGUUGUCAGUGGAAGAUGCUUUGCUGAUCCAAAAUGCCUCCCCCUAACCUUCACUCCUCCCUUCUUUUGAAUCUCCAAACUGAGUAUUAUUACUUCAAUUGCAACCUCCUUCCUAAUUUUGCAGAGUGGAGGGUUUAAAUGAUCACCAUGCCAACAGCACAUUUGAAAAUCCAGAUGAUAUAUUCUCCUUCAUAAAGAGGAUUCUUGAAUUCCAACAACAAAAUUCAGGUAAACAAAGGAAGCCCAUCUCCUCCCCACCCACCCCAAGGAACACUUUACCUUCUACCCACGCCUGAUGAAGACCCUCUCCAGGAUGUUGAACCUCAGAAAUGUGCGUCUGCAUUUCUAAUUCUCUUUAUGAUUUUGCCACAGGUUCUGCCUGCACUCAGGGGGCCUCCACGGACCAAGAGUGGCUGAGCAAAUUCUUUGGACCCUUUUCUGCCUAUGGCUCCUACUCAGAUUUCACUGCAUUGAAAAGUGACUUCCGUGGGGUGAGAGCGGCACAGACUUUGGAGUUUAACAUUUGUGGUGUUUUUGACUCUGGGCUGGUUCGGGCAUAACACUAACUCAUGGGUCACCAAUGUAUUGCCCUUGAGGCCUUUCCUUGGUGCCCAGAAAGCCUCUAAGGGCCCUUCCCCCAUCAUUGCUCCCCUUGGGCAGUUUAGCUUUAAUAAGCUCACUCAAGGAAGAGUUUGGAAGCUUUCACUUCCUUUUUUUAAAACCACAGUUUCCUGUGUCACUCAAACCUUGGUAAACUGUGGUUUAAUCUGCACCUUACUGACCUAUUGAUGACUGGAAGCUUGGGGUGUUUGAAGAGUUCUGGAUUCUGAGCUUGAGCCUGGUUUCCAUCCAACUCCAGCUCUGUGUUUCCAAAUGCAGGUGGAUUCCUUGGACCUCUUCUCCGCCAGUGCCUUGGCUCAGUUGUCCACUGAAGGUCACACCAUUUACAGGAGCUCAGCAAUGGUGCUGGUCUUCCAAGCCAUCCAGAGAAAGAAGGAGCCAGAGCAAUUCCUCAGCACGUACCUGGAUGAAUUCAACACCCUGGUGCUGAAGGUAAACAGAAGCUUGUUGACAGACCUUUCCUCCAGGGCUGGAGACAGGCUAUGAUUUUCUGCCAUGUAACUGGAGCACUGGUGGUCAAUUCCAAUAGGAAUGCAUGAUCUGUGACCUUUGGGGUAGCUGGAAAUUACUCCAGAGCAGUGGAUUUCAAGCUAUGUAGCACAACCUUCACCAGGAUGGGGCCCUCCUGAUGUUUGGGACUCGAGAUCACCCUUUCCAAUUUCCUACAAACUUUCAAAACUCAUGUAAUUGUCAAGGGUUCUCAUUACUAGCCCAUUGUUCUCCAUUGUGUGAAACGUUGUCAGCUGAUUUCAUGGAUCCUUUUGGGUGUAGUUGCAAAAUCAGAAGUGCAAGGUCCCUUCAUGAUACCCACAGUCACACCCCCUUCUAAGAUUGUACAACCAUCUUACAAUAUUAAACAAUUAGAGUUUCAUUAUAUAUAUAUAUAAGCUGAUCUCCAUGUGUUGCCCUUCAGCUAUAUUUACUACAUUUACUACAUUUACUAUUUUCUGUGCGCUUACUUGGGCAAAUGGUUUGGAGUGCUCCAAUAUCUUCAUUUGGAGUGACUUAGAUUGUGUUUUCCUUGAAGUUCCAUUGUACAUAACAGAACUUACACACCAUUCUCUUGAAACUGGAGCCCCUUGUGUUGUCAAGUGUUCCUAAAUGCUCAGCUUUGGAGCAUAUGGAACAACUCGUUGGUCUUCUUCCUGUGUGCCUUCUCCAGAGUGACCCUAGGAGCCAAUCCUCAAUGGCUCACUCACCUCCUUUCAUUCUGAUUAGCUGCAAUCAGCACCAAGGGUGAGAAGAUUUAUUCUCAAUGGCUUCAAAGCUCCCCUGGUUGGGUAGCUCUAGGAUGCUGGAGACAGGGACCCUGCUGCAGAAAUAGUAACAUGUCUUCAACACUUCUGCUUCGACCUAUAACCUGAUCUUCAAUGAAGUCACACUUAUUCCCUGGUUUUUCUCUUGCUUCUUCCUCCAGAACCGAGGCUUGUUGAGCAAUCCCAAAGUGCGGGACACUAUGCUGAUGCUAUCGGCGGAGAUCAUUUUCCCACAGAUUGCCACCAGUUCCCUGGAAGACACAAACACUUGGUUCCAGAAACUCAACCUCCUCCUCCCGGGUAUCAAUGGAACAAUUCUUGAGCUGCUACCCCUGGGUAUGCCCUGCCCAUAUUACCAAACCAUGUAAGUAGCUGGCAUACAUUUACCUCAGUAGUUUCUAGGUCCCUUCACAUAGUUUGAUAACAGACAGAGGUUACCUCUUGUACACGUUGGUGGCUACCACACAAUCUGCGUCUUGAGUAUCCAUCCUGAUUUGUUGUGGGGACACCAGAUUCUGCUGCCUCAAGCAAGUGUUAUUCCAACACUUUCCAGUGCAUUUUACUAUAAUUUGGGGAAGCGGGUUUAUUGUGCAAGCUCUUCCACUCAACUUCAUUUGAGUAAUCUUAAUCUGAAUACCAGUUGCUAGAAACCACAGGAGAGCAGAGUGCUCUUGUGAUUGGGUCCUGUUUGCAGGUUUCCCACAGGCAUCUGGGUGGCCGCUUUGAGAACAGGCUGCUGGACUAGAUGGGCCACUGGCCUGAUCCAGCAGAGCUCUUCUUAUGUUCUUAUAUUCUUAAUCCCCACCCUCAAAAUAACCACAGUCUGGAAGCAGUUACACCCAGCUGAGGACACAAAGGCUGGUUUCAUCAGACCACCUAGUUCAGCACUCUGGAUUGCAUCCAAUGCUAGUCCUACUCAGAGGAGACCCAUUGAAAUUGAUGGCCAUGACUAUCUGAGGCAUAGCUGUCAACUUUUCCCUUUUCUUGCGAGGAAUCCUGUUUGGAAUAAGGGAAUUUCCCUUAAAAAAGGGGAAACGUUGGCAGCUAUGAUCUGAGGUUCAUUCAUCUCAUUGGGUCUAUUCUGAGUAAAACUUAGUGGAGCACAACCCUCUAUUUCCAAAAAGACUCCAGAGCCAGUUGCAAGCAGGGUGAGAAAGCUAUAGCCCUCCCAGACUAUUGUUUGUUCUCUGCACCUUGUGCUCUGAGGUACGCUGCCUCUGAAUAUGGGUGCUCCAUUUCAUUUCCAUGGUUUAAAGGCCUAUACUGGAGGAAGGGCAGGUUGGAUGCUAGUAAAUGAAUACGGUGAAUAGGUGGAAAAACAAGUGCGACUCAAGCCAAUGUGUGGAAUUGCUUGUGUUUCUUCCUCAGUGUGAAAGUGAUGGAUGGUCUCUACUCAACAUUAUCAGCCCGGAAGAGGCAAGAUGUGUAUGACUUCCAGAAGGCUUAUUUAGCUUAUCAGUUUGCUGAUUCAGGUAAGGAGCCAAAGGGGCAGGUCUUAGGAAUUUCACCCUGAAACAGGAGUGGGAAACGGACCAAAUCCUUAUCUCUCCUGCCCCCUGUGGGCCAAGCUUGACAGGGGAGCAUGGUGGUUCACCUACUCAUCAUGUGAUGCCACAGGUGACCCGUUUUUGUCACCAUAGCUUAAAGUUCAGUCACAUGGGCCAAAGUGCUGUGCUGUGAAAGCCGCAACAACCAGCUGAUAGGCAGUACCUGCAAAGCCCUUUUGACAACUGGCUGAUAUGUGAUGUCAGGUGUUGGGCAGGUGGUGGUGGAAUCUUGGCCAAAACAGUUUCACUGGCCUGGUGGACCUAAUUAUUGAGCCUUCCCCCAACCUCAACCACUAGUUGCUGAGUGUUUAUGAACAGUUUAUCUGCUCAGAAGUUUAUCUCUUCGGUGCUUGGGGCAAACUGUUCUGUUGGUUGGAAGAAGGGCAGGGAAGGAGGAGGAGGGUGUAAUAGACUUCCAGCAUUAUUUCUGCACAAAUUCAUAAUUUGUAAGGAACCCAACUGUGGAUUUUAGUCCGUCUUCGCUUGACACAUUCUCUUGCCUCCACAGGGUCAGCGUGCGAUGGUGGGACUACAGGAAUCCGAGACUGGCUGACAAAGAAUUUGGGGGAGUUUUGCACAGUGGCUAAGCUGAGUGAACUUCAAGCUUUUUACCCAGAACUUGAUGGAGUAAGUUUUUCACGGCACUGUGCUCCAGUGGGGGCUGCCCCACCUCUUUCCUCUGCAGGGAACAGUAGCAACCCUGUGCAACAAUGAAAGCAUCUUCAUCCAGCCUAAAAACGACAAAAGGGGGCUGAUAUAUCUUUAAGGGAAAGGAUUGUUGUUCUCUGCAGUCUCUUUAUAUUCCACUCUUUCUUCUCUUCUCGAGUUUUCAAACUACUGCUUGCUUUAGAAAGUAAAUACUUCAGAAAUCAACCUGAUUGGCAACCAAAUUGUCUUUCUAAGGUCAGUGUUUAGUUUAAUCAGUAGCAAUCUGGGGAGCAAAUUUCUCCUGUAAUGGUUCAGUUUUCGAUGCUUGAGUAUCAUCAUUAAGCUGAGAAGCAGCAAAAUGAAGUGCUGCGUUUUCUUCUAAAGCAAACACAGACUUUUAACACAGGCGGUGUAAUGUUUUCAAGGACAGUAUGGACAUGGAAAAUCACCCAUGAAUUCUGUCAAAAUUUAAGCAAGAAGGGUUUUUUUGGGGUGGGUAUCUUCCUUACAUAUUUUAAAAAGAACACUGUAUUUAACCAUGUAACAACUGUUCUAAAUCAAACAUGAUUUUUCUGUGUUUUGGAAAUGGUUGCUGAUAUCCAGAGCAUUGUUUCUCUACCUGCUCUUUAUUAUGUGGUUCUGCUGAUCUGCUCAAUUAAUAAAAUAAUAAUAAUGUUGAAAACAGCUGAAUUGGUAUGUUUCAUGGUGGUGUUUUCUUUAAGAACAGACACGCACACACACAUAUUAGUAAUGUGGUCCUUUUAACCCCACACCCAUGCCCCUGAAAGGUGGGAUCAGACAUGGGAUGGAGUAGAAAUUCAGUUCAAUUCACAUUUCACUUGCAGUUUCUGCAACAAUAUAUUAACAGAAACCCAGUGGUAUCCUUUGAACUUUGCACCGCUCCAGAUUUUACAAUCCAGUGCUCCACCCAAGCAAUAUAUACGAAAAAUGGGGCAAUGCAGGCCUAAAAAUGAAUAUAGGAGUAAAGGAUAGCAUGCAAAAAUGCAUUAUGCUAGGGGGAAUUGCUUUGCACAAACAUGCUCAUCAAGGAAAACUGUAUAAAAAACGUGUAUGUUAGGAGAAAUAUACACUAAAAUGUUUCUGAAUUUUAAUAAGGGCUUAACCAAAAUUAAAACAAACAAACACAAAAUGAUUAGAAAAAUGAGAAACGGGGAAGAACUGGAACUGAUUAGGGCAGCCCUACAUGGGAUACUGAGCAUUUCGACCAACUGAUUGCUACUGAUUGAACUAAGCUUAAAAGCAUCUUUUGCCAACCUGUGGCCCUCCAGACUCUUUUGGACUACAACCCCCAUCAGCCACAGUCUUGUGUGGGGGAGAGUGGGGUAGGCAGUAUCUACAGCAGGAAUGAAUAAAUGGAUUUAUACUCCAUAAAUAGGUUUGUAAAAGUGAAGAUUCUUUAUUGGUUGCAUUCAAUUAAAUUUUACUCGGAUUAGACCCAUUGGAAUUAAUGGAUUCAGGCUCAUCAUCUCCAUUAAUUUCAAUGUGUCUAUUCUGACAGUAGAUGAAGCCCCACAUCUCUUAGGCUGCAACCUGGGAGUAUGCUCCACUUAGUUUAUUUCUGAGUAGACCUGCACAGAAUUUGCUCUGUUAACAAUAUUAGGCUGAAAUCCAAACAUGGAGGUGUGGUGAAGUUCAUUUAUAGCUGUGCUAGUUGUGACCAAUAGCACCUAGGGAAGCCACGCCUAAUUGCAGACCUGGAGCGGUGGCCAAGGCUGGAUGUGCAGACAGAAUAGUGACCUGUUCUGGUCACAUCCACACCACACUUUUAAAGCACUCUUACGCCACUUUAACAGUCAUGGCUUCCUGCAAAGAAUCCUGGGAACUAUAGUUUCCCCAAGGUGCUGAGAAUUGUAUCUCUUUGAGGGGGGUCUCCUAACAACUCUCAAAUCCAAUCACAACUCAGUUGGAGGAAAAGUGUAGGCAAGCUUUGCUGCUUUCUCAGUCUCAAUUGCCCAUCUGUAAAAUGGGACCAAGGUAGGAACAACCUCACAGGUUUAAGGGGAAAAGGAAGCAACGGUCUUCAUACAAAAACAACAGAGGUCCAGGCUAAUAAUAAUAAUAAUAAUAAUAAUAAUUUAUUUUUACCCUGCCCAUCUGGCUGAGUUUCCCCAGCCACUCUGGGUGGCUCCCAACAGAAUUAAAAGCACAAUAAAACACCAAACAUUAAAAGCUUCCCUAAACAGAGCUGCCUUCAGAUGUCUUCUAAAAGUCAGAUAGUUGUUUAUUUCCUUGACAUCUGAUGGGAGGGCGUUCCACAGGGCGGGCGCCACUACUGAGAAGGCCCUCUGCCUCGUUCCCUGUAGCCUCACUUCUUGCAUGGGGGGAACUGCCAGAAGGCCCUCAGAGCUGGAUGAUGGGGGUGGAGACGUUCCUUCUGGUAUACUGGGCCGAGGCUGUUUAGGGCUUUAAAGGUCAGCACCAACACUUUGAAUUAUGCUCGGAAACGUACUGACCUAUCCGAAACAGUGCUUUGAAGCUGGAACCAGACUCUGGUAGCAUGACCUUGAGUGAAUUUUUAAACUGUCUAUAAAGGCUCUCACUGAUGGGAUACCAAAUAUGGUUAGGGUGCUUCCAGAUUUUCCUUGACAUCUGAUCCUUUAGUCCAAGACCCCCCCCAUUAUUAGAAAGUGGGGUGUUUUUGCAGAACGGGACCACUAGCUAAGAAUCUGAACUUUUGUACACACUCAAGGGCAGCCUGAUUACUAGGAAAAGGUCUAGUGUGUGCGGGUGACAGGUGUGAGCCAGCAAUAAAUCACACCGAGCAGGUUGGAGUAAUUCUUUAUUAGCAAAAACAGCAUCUGCACAGGCCUAACGAGCACAGCAGCUCAUCUCCGGUAGGUCCCAUGCUCCCAUGAAGCAGUCACUGAGUCUGAAGGUCCCCACCUCCCCACAGCUGCUUAAGUCCCUUCCUCUCCAGGGUUUUCCCCCAAGCAAUUGGAGAUUGCACCUGCAUGAAGCUAACUUCUCAUCAUCCUUUUAAUGCUUCUUCUUGUUCUGGGAGACCAAGGGGCAAGGGAACUCGUUGCAGCAGGAGGGGAAGACAUACAUGCCAGACUCUUCUCUGCCUCUUGGCCUCCCUCCUCUCCAGCCUCCAGUUCUGGACUUCUCUGCCACAGACUUACUAAGCCCUGUUACCUCUUCAGCUUUCAACACCUCCUCCUUCCAGUCUUCUUCUUCUUCUCCCUGUGUCCACUUAUUGUCGUCUCACCAGCAAUCCCUGGGUUCUGAGCCUCAGCUUAUUCCUCCCACCAUUCUUCUGUGUCUAACUAGUCCAUGACACCAGGCAAUAGCGAGAGGAGCACACCUCAGUUGCAGAGCACCUGCUUUGCAUGCCAAAGGGCCCAGGUUGGAUCACCAGCAUCUCCAGGUAGGGCUGAGAAAGGCUCCUGUUUAAAAUCAUGAGAGCCUCUUCCAGUCAUUGUUGAUUGUACUGAGCCAGAUGGACCAUUGCCCUGAGUUAAUAUAAGGCAGCUUUGUAUGUAACCUGGAAUUUGAUACAGACACACACCCUCAUUACUUAUAUAAUAAUUAUCUUAAAUGGCCCAUCUCCAUCUCCCAUGCCUGGUGUGUUCCAGGGCACCAUCACCACUGGGAAUAAUGGAAGCCUUCAAGUAAGACAAAGCAAAGUCUGGCACAAAACUUGAUAAAUGGCAUUUGACCGGGUGAAUAGACAUAAGUGAAAACGGAUUGCAUAGGAAAUGAUGCAGACUAGGGGUGCACAUCCACUUUCGAUGAAGCCCAGAUAUGAAGCUGAUGUAUCAGAGGUAGCCAGGCCUUCUCUGGAAAUGAAAUGGGUCUUGCCAGAAGUGGUCCCAAGCAAGCCAGUCUAGUUCCAAAGCUUCCAGUCUUCCUACAGUAAUUCCUUAUAAUUAAUCCGCAGAUGGAGAACCCUUCUGCCCUCAGCCCAGCCCAAGCAGCUGACUUAACUGUCAUUGCCCAGAUGUUGCACAACUCCACCCUGGCCAGCCUGGCUCUUGGGGUCGUGAAGAACUUUAAAAACUAUGGCUCGCUCCGUGAAUAUUUGUCCAGGCUCAAAGGCCCUCCCUGCAAGGUAAGGUUGGUGUGUGUGUGUGUGUUCCCAUGCCAUUUUGUGAUGUGCUAAAAUCUAUUUCCUUGGCCACAGUCUCACUUGAUCUACGUGUUCCAACUUUCUGAUACCUCUCCUUGAUAAGACAGUGUUCCUUUUUGUGCCUGUUUUGGAUGACUUCUACACAAUUUGCUGGUGCAUGUCACUGAAGAGCAUCUCAUAGCCAAACACAGGACAGAUCCACACCGUGCAUUAAAACAUCUUUAAUGCAUAUUUAAAGCAUGUGUCUUUCCCCAAAGAACCCUGGGAACUGUAGUUGGUAGGGUGCUGGGAAUUGUAGCUCUGUGAGGUGGGACUACAGUUCCCAGGAUUCUUGGUGGGGGGGAAGUGAGGUACUUUAGUUGCAGCCACAGGAGGGGAGAGUGCUCAUGUGCUCAGAUCCUGUUGCGGGUUUCCAAUGGGCAUCUGGUUUGUCACUGUGAGAACAGCAUGCUAGACUAGAUGGGCCAUUGGCAUGAUCCAGUAAGCUGUUCUUGUGUUCUUCAAUGUAUGUCCAAUGUGCGUCCAAUGUAUGGUGUGGAUCUGCCGAUAGGCUCUAUUUUGUGCUUUCCAUCAACGUGUAAUCUAGUGGAACGGGCUUGUGAAAGCCAGCUCCCUCCCUACAUUCAUAUCUCUUGAUAUGUUUUGUGAACAAGUCUGUUGAGCCUAAGCAUACCACUGGCACACCCUACAGAAAUCCUAAAAGCUCUUUCUUUCUCUGGACUGUUGUGAAGCCCACUUCUUUCAUCCCUGUGUCUUCCACGCAGAGCUACAAGCCCGCAGAAAUCUUGUCUAUGUGUCAAGGACCUUCCCCACUGGCUGCUCUCACCCCUGAAAGCCAGCAAGAGCUUUUGGACAAUGUAUUUCUCUUCCUCAAGAAAGGAGGAGGUUCAAUGGACUCCUCUCAGUGGAAUGAAGUCUACCACCUUUUGCUCUCCAACUUCCUACCGACUCUGGGGACAUCCCACCACCCCCAAUCAUCCUCCAAGGCAACAUGUGAACUCUUCCAUUCCACGUAUGUCAGAGGUGGCGUAAUAUGGGUGGGGGGAAAGUGUGCAAAAAAAGAAAGAAAAGGCAUCUAUUACUGAAAAUAACAUUCAGAAAUGCAGAAGAAAGGGUGGCUUGUAAAAAUGUGCAUAUGGGGCAAGACUGAGUACAAAAACUAGGAGACAUAAGCACUAAAACACUUAAUUUUCAUGAGGACUUUUAAAAACAAAUAAACAAAUAUUGCAAACUGAUGGGGUGGAACUUAAGACUGGAAAAAAAUGAGAAACUGAGAAAAACCAACAUUGACAGAUUCAUCCACCCCUAUAUCAUAUCACCUUGAAUGUUGUUGUAAAUGAUAGGACAGAGAGAGAGAGAGAGAGAGAGAGAGAGAGAGAAUGAAUGAACGAGGGGGGAAUAGAUAAAUUUCUGAACAGAGCCUCCUAGAAUGUUGCUCAAAAGGUCCCACUCUAAAAAAAUGCCUCACUGCUGCUUCAAAACUUAUUUUUUAAUCGCAGAAUGAAGGAGAUCGUCGCACUUCACCCCAGCCUUACUAAACGGCAGGAAGAACUUGCAGAGGUCAAAAGCCUUUGCCUCCUGGGUGAUCAUCAACCCAAACCCACAGGUAACCUUUCAUUACUAAGGGGGAGGGUCUUCCUUCAGUCUGAGGGUGGCAUUCCCUUCUUAGCAACCAAAACAAAGAAGAAAAGUGAGCAGAACGUAGGAAGUCAGAUUGUUGGUCCUCUUAGUUGACAUGCUCCCAAACUGAUACUUCCUCUCUUUCCAUUUGCAGCAGCAACACAAAUCCCUGAAAGAACGGCAAAUCACCCCCCUGGAGGUGCCAAAACUCAGAACGUUGCAAAUGUCACAGGUGAUGCCCCUGGGCAAUCUGCAUCUCGCAGUCCUGGAGAUGCCACCACUCUUCCAACCGAGGUCCCUGCAGCUGCCACAGGGGCCAUCCAGGGAGGUGCUUCAACCCUCUUCCCUGGGAGAGAGGCUGGAGGGAUCUCUGGCAGUGCCCGAACUCUCCACCCAGGAGGCAACACAGGACGGACAAUUGGAUGGUCUGCAUCUUGCACUUCGAGACAGACUACCACUCCCACCCUUGGAAGUGCCAUAAGCAAUACCCCUGACGUCACAAGAGGCACCACAAGCAGCGUCCCUGCUGCUCCUACAACACACAGCCCUGAGAGUGCUACGGGCCACAUCCCUGGAAAUUCUACAGGCAUCAUCCCUGGUGGUGGUACAACUCACAUCCCUGGAGGCACAACCAGCAACGUUACUAGAGGAGCCUCAACUCAAGUCCCUGGUGGAGCAACAAGCAACAUCCCUGGUGGUUCUGCAACCAACAUCCGUGGUGGAGAAACAAGCAAACCCCCUCAUGCUGCUGCAACUCACAUCUCCGUAGGGGCAACAGGCAACACCACUGGUGGUGGUGCAAUUGACCUCCCUGGUGGAGCAACAAGCAACAUCCCUGCUGGUUCUGCAACUCACAUCCCGGGAGCUACUGAAACUUCAGUUCAUGGAAGCUCAAACAGCAACAUUCCUGGAAAAACUACAGCUCCCGUUCCUGGAAGGGAUACAGCAUACAGUCAGAGUAUCCCGGGAGCAACUUCUGUCGCUGCUGGCAAUACAACUCACAACCCUGGAAAUGUCUCUGGAGGUGCCCCUGCAUAUGCAUGGACUCACCCAGUCCUAUUUUUCGCCUGCCUUCUCCUCCCUUGCUUUAUUGUAACCAUUUCCCCAUAGUGCACCUCUGUUUCACAACCCACCUGCAAAUUUGCCUAAAUAAGAGACACUCUUUGGAAUCAGACUACAGUGUUGUGUAUCAGUGUCUUUCCAGAUUAACUGAUAGCAGUUUUCUAGCAUCCUGCUACUCUGGAAUCUUGAAUUUGUUGUGUUUGAUUACACAGAAUAUAUUUAUCAUGCAAUAAAUCAUCCGUCCAGCCAAUGGUGCACAUCAAAGUAUUCUGGUAUCCUUCUAGCUUCACAUUACCGUGAAAUUUGUACAAAAUGGGAUUGCCAUAUUUUAAACAAUGAAGAUUUGGACAGAAAAGUUGUUGAGCUGGGGUUUUUUUGACAAAAUCUUAUGGAAAAUCGGCAAAAAUGACACUGCCAACAUGGAGUGCCAUAUAUCUGGAUUUUCCCGGACAUUUCCCCGAUUUUUGUCCAGACACUGCUGUCAACUGCAAUAUUCCGUGCAUGUCCGGGAAAUUCUGGCCUUAUGGCAACCACAAAUAAAGAUGUAGGUUGUUGUGUGAAAAGAGGACCGUGUGUAGCUUCUGUAGAAAGCAUUUCCCCUUCUUUUCUUCAGAAAUCUUAUUUUCCUUAGUAGCAGUAGAAGGAAGGGUUUGGUGUAAGCUCUAUCAUCUAAUAUUUAAUAUUUAUUGCUGAACAUUCCUUAUUUCUGAACAUCUCAGUGUGGAAAAGCAGCUGGACAUUGCUGGGUGCCUCCCCCACCAUUCUGUUCCUCUCCCCUGACCCCUAAAAGAGUUCAGCCCACAUAGCGAGUUAAUGUUAGGCAGUUCAGCGGGACUUAUUAGGCAUAGUGACACACAGUUAUACCAAGUCAGAUCAUUGGUCCAUCUAACUCAGUAUUGUCUCCAGUGACUGGCAGAGGCUCUCCAGGGUUUCAGGCAGGGAGUCUCUCCCCACCCUACCUGGAUGUGAAGCAGAGACAGUGAUGGGUGUGGCCUGAAGAGAGUGGGAGUGUCUGGGAAGAGGGUGUGAUGUAGGAGAGUCCUGAGGGCCACAUAAAGAGGUUUGGAGGGCCAGAUGUUUACAAUACUACAUUAGAGGAGGGAGGGAGGAGAGUUAUGGACCUCUAGAAGGAAAAAUGCACCCAGAUCAAAAGGAAGGGUCAAAGAAAGGCUGGGUUUCAGGGAAGGCGGAUAAAGAAGUGAUGCAAGGUAGGUAUGAAUAAUAGAAUGAAGUUCUUAAGAAGAAGAAAAGUGAGCAGAACAUAGGAACACAGGAAGCAGCCUUGCACCAAGUUGGAUUGUUGGUCCACUUGGCUCAGAAGUUUCCAAACUGAUUAUUUUCUCUCUUUUUUUCAUUUUCGUUUUCAGCAAUGCAAAUCCCUGAACAAGCCCCAGAUGACAUCCCCGGAGGCACUCUAGGCAAUAUCCUUGGAGCUGCUGAAACUCAAAAUGUUACAAGUGUUAUAGCCAAUUCCCCUGAAACAACCAAAGGGGACACUUUUGAAGAAGCUGCAAUUCAUGGUCCUGGAGAUGCCACCACUGUUGCAACUGAUGCCUCUGCAGCUGCCACAGGGGACACGCAGAGCGCUGCGACCUUUAUCCCUGGGAGGCAGAAAGGAGGCACCACUGGCAGUGCGGCAACUCUCCACCCUGCAGGAAGCACAGGAGGGAUGCCAGGAGGGGCUGCAUCCUACAUCUCGAGACAGACCACCACUCUCAUCCUUGGAAGUGGAGGCAUCUCAAGAAACUUCCUUGGUGGUGCUGCAACUCACAUUCCUGGAGCAGCAACUGGCAACAUUCUUGGGGAUGCUGUAAUUAAUGUCCCAGGCAAUGUUGUUGGUGGCCCUGCAACUCACAUUCCUGUUGGGGCAACAGGCAACAUCUAUGGUGGUACUGUAACUGACAUUGCUGGAGGUGCCACAGGCAGGAUCCUUGGUGAUACAGAGCCUCCCAUCCCUGGAGGUGCAGCAGGUAGUGCUACAAGGCCCAUCCCUGGAGAAACAGGAGGCAACCUCACUGGUGGUUUUGCAACUGACAACCCAGGUAAGGCAACAGGCAACAUAACUUCAGGUUCUGCAACUAACAUCCCUGGCGGAGCAACAGGCAACAUCUUGGAUGGUUCUGUGACUCAGAUCCCUGGUGACACAACAAACAACAUCACUGGUGGUUCUGCAACUCACAUCUCUGUAGGCACAAGAGUCAAUGCAGCUGAUGGUUCUGCAACUCACAUCACAGGUGAUGCAACAGGCAACAUUCCUGGUGGUCCUACAACGCACAUCCCUGGUGAAACAGGAGGCAACUUGGCUGGUGGUUCUGAAACUGGCAUCCCUGAUGAUGCAACAAGCAGUUUCCCUGUAGGUUCUGUAACUCACAACUCUGUAGCCACUGCAGGAAACACUGAUGGUGGUUCUGCAACUCAGAUAACCCAUGGUGCAACAGGCAACAUUCCUGAUGGUGCUGUAACUGACAAACCUGGAGGUGUAACAGGCGGCAUAACUGGUGGUUUCCCUACUCAAAUCUCUGUAGGCACAACUGGCAACAUUCCUGGUGGUUUGACAGUACAUAUCCCUGGCCAAACAGGAGGCAAUCCCUAUAGUGGCUCUGCAACUGGCAUCACUGGUGCAGCAACAGGCAACAUCUCUGGUGGUUCUGCAACUGACACCCCUGAUGGUGCAACAGGCAAUGCUGCUGCAACUAACAUUCCUGGUGGUACCAUAAACAACAUCCUUGGUUCUGCAACUCAUGUAUCUAUAGACACAAGGAGCAACACUGCUGGUGGUUCUGCAACUGACAUCCCUGGUGAAAUGGGAGAACACACUGCUGGUCAUUCUGCAACUGGCAUCCCUGGUGGUGCAACAGGAGAUGUCUCUGAAGGUUCUGCAACUCACAACUCUGUAAGCACAGCAGGCAACACUGAUGGUGGUUCUGCAAAUGACAGUGCUAGUACAGCAACAAGCAACAUUCCUGAUGGUGCUGCAGCAGACAUCUUUGGUGGAGGAACAGGGAACAGCUCUGAUGGUUCUACAACUGACAUCCUUGGAGAGGCAACAGGCAGCAUUGCUGGUGGUUCUGAAACUCACAUCUCUGUAGGCACAACAAGAAGCAACACUGCUGGUGCAAUGGACAUUCCUAUUAGAGCCAUAGGCAACAUCCUUGGUGGUUCUGUAACUCAUAUCUCUGUAGGCACAACAGGCAACCUUGAUGGUGGUUCUGAAGCUGAGACUGCUGGUGCAGCAACUGACAACAUUCCUGAUGCUGCUACAACCGACAUCCUUCAUGGCAUCACAGGCAACAUGCUUGGUAGUGCUGCAACUCACAUCUCUGUAGGCACAAGAGACAACAUUGCUGGCUGGUUUGCAACUGACAUGCAUGGUGCAGCAACAGGCAACAUCCAUGAAGCUGCUGGUGCAGCAACAGGCAACAUUCCUAAUGGUCCUACAACACGUGUCCCUGGUGAAACAGGAGACAACCUCACUGGUGGUUUUGUAACUGAUAUUGCUGGUGCAGCAACAGACAACAUCCCUUCAACUAACAUCCUUGGUGGUUCUGCAAUUCACAUCUCUGUAGGUACAACAGGCAAUAGUGCUGAUGGUUCUGCAGCUGAUAUUAUUAGUGGUGCAACAAGAAACAUUCCUGGUGGAUUCACAACUGGCAUCCUUGGAGAGGCAACAGGCAGCAGCACUGAUGGUUCUUUAACUCCCGUCUCUAUAGGCACAAGAAGCAAUGCUGCUGGUGGUUCAACAGAAAUUGGGGGUUCAGCAGCUUACAACUCUGUAGGCACAGAGGGCAACAUUGAUGGUGGUUCUGCAACUGACAGCACUGUUGGUGCUACAGGUCACAUUCCUGAUGGUGCUGCAACAGACACUGGAAUCACAGCAACAGGCAACAUACCACAUGCUGCUCCAACAUUCAUCCCUGGUGGCACAACAAACGAUAUCCUCGAUGGUUCUGCAAGUGGCAUUACUGUUGGUGCAACAGGCAACAUUCCUGGUGGUUCUGCAACUGUCAUCCUUGCAGAGGGAACAGACAGCAUUGCUGGUGGUUCUGAAACUUACAUCUCUGUAGGCAAAACAACAAGGAGCUACACUGUUGGUGGUUCUGCAAUUGGCACUGCUGGUGGUACAACAGGCAACAUUCCUGGUGGUCCUACAACACACAUCCCUGGAGAAAUAGGAGGCAACUUCACUGGUGGUUCUGCAACUGACAUCCCCAGUGGUGCAACAGGCAAUAUCUCUGGAGGUUCUGCAAAUCACAACUCUGUAGACAUGGGAGGCAACACUGAUGAUGGUUUUGCAACAGAGAUACCUCAUGGCGUAACAGGAAACACUGCUGGUGCUUCUGCACAUGGCAUCACUAGUGAUGCAACAGGCAACAUCCAUGGUCCAGCAACAAGCAACAUCCCUCAUGGUGCUCCAUCAAUCUUUGGUGGAGCAACAGGCAGCAUCACUGGUGGUUCCGCAACCGACAUAACUGGUGGUGCCACAAGCAACAUCCCUGGUAGUUCUGCAACUCAAAUUCCUCAUCACACAACAGGCACCAUCAGUGGUGGUGAUGCAACUCAGAUCCCUGUUACAGCAACGGGCAACAUGCGUGGUGCUGCUGCAUCUGACAUCCCUAGUGGCACUACAGGCAACAUCCCCAAUGGCUCUGCAAUUGACCUUCCUGGUGGUGCAACUCCAGACAUCAAUGGUGGGGAUGUCUCCCAAAUCCCUGGUAGCGCAACAGAGAAUGUAUCUGGUGGUGAUUUGACUCAUAUUCCCGGGGAUGCAGCAACUCAAAUUCUUGGUAGUGCAACAGGCAAAAUUCCUCCUGUCUCUGAAUUUGAUAUUCCUGGUGGUGCAACAGGUAGUCUCACAGGUGGUUCUGUAACUCACACCCCAAGAGCAGCAACAGGCUACAUUCCUGCUGGUUCUGCAACCGACAUCCCUGGUGGCACAACAGGCAACGGCAAUGGUGGUUCUGCAACUCCCAUUCCUACUGGUGCAACAGGUAACCACACUGGUGGUGCUGCAAUUCACAUCCUUGGAAACACCACAGGGGACAUCUAUGGAGGUGCCCCUUCAUAUGCAUGGACCCAUCCAAUCCUGUUUUCCACCUCCCUUGUCCUCCCUUACUUUCUUACAACUGUUUUCCUAUAAUCCAACCUUGCUAUCCAUAAUGUUUUGCAAAAUAUUUAAUAUUUCUUAGUAAACAUUCCUUAUUUCUGUACACCUGAGUUUGGAAAAGCAGCUGGAUGUUUCUUGGUGCCCCACCAACCAUUGUGUUUUUCCACCCUCCAAACUCUGCCUCCACCCUUAAAGAAUUCAAUCCACUUGCAAACUUUGUGCAGGUAAUAAAAAGCUGGGUCCUUUGUGCUUUUGAGAACAAUACAUGGUGAUUUAAUGUAUUCAAUGGCCAAUUGCAGAACCUUAUUAGGCAUGUAGACACAAUUGAUGUGAAACAUAGGAAGCUGCCUUAUACUGAGUAGGAGCAUUGGUGAACUAGUUUAGUACUGCCAGCACUGAUUGGCAGCAGUUCUCCAGAGCUUCAGGCAGGGCGUAUUUCUCACUCCUCCCAGGAACUGCCAGAGAUUGAACUUGAGACCUUCUGCAUGUAAAGUGAGCCAUGUUCCUUCCACAAAUUCCUUCCACAAUUAGGUGGUUAUCUAAUGAAGGAUUUUCAGCACUCUCACUUGCUGGUGUCUUGGGGAAUGCACUCACCUUUCAUUCUCUAAAUGAUUCUUAGCUUGGACCCUUGGUAUACUUGUGUGUGAAUUUAUCAUACCCUCCAACAUUUCUCUGAUGAAAAUAGGAACAUCCUAUUCCAUCAUCAUCAUCAUGAUAAAAUGAAUUUUUUUAAUUUUUUAAUUUAUACCCUACCCCAGCUACCAACAUAUAUAAAAUCAUAAUAAAACAUUAAACAUUACAAAAACUUCCCUGUACAGGGCUGCUUUCAGGGGACUCGGGGGUUGCAUAACUCCAUACCCUCCAACAUUCCUCCAAUGAAAAUAGGGAUGUCCUAAGGAAAAGUGGGACAUUCUAGGAUCAGAUCAGAAACCAGGAUGGCUUCUGUAAAUCCGGGACUGCCUCUGGAAAAUAGGGACACUUGGAGGGUCUGAUAUAUUCAAUGUUCAUGAAUAUUCAGAGGUAGUGUGCUAAGUAGGUUAAUAUCCUAACUUCAACUUCUGUUUCCCUUUCGCCCACAGUCAGGGCUCAGCCACACACACCUUUUUCCUUGCACUUUCUAGGCUGAGGCCUGCACUUUCCCAGUCUGUGUCCCAGAGCUCCCCCGCCCCGCCACUUCACCCAGGAAAACCCACUCUUUAGCACUGAAUCGGAACAAAUGGUAAUUUGGUUUUCCCCUGGAUUGCCAUUUCCUCCGAUUCAGUGGUAAAGAGCAUGUUUUCAUGGAGAAAUUAGUGAGAGGGAAAGAAAAGUGCUCAAACGUGGACCUAGAAAUCCCAGACUGCACCUAGCAAUAUGGAGCAAAGGAAAGUGAAUGAGUCCUUAAACUCCACAAGGAAAAUAACAUCUUAUGCUGUGUAACACUUUUUUAAGGAAAUAAAGCUUCUAACUUUUAUUUUUGGUCUGGUUAUUUGUUUAUUCCCUUGCAAAGGAAGACCUCAAUUUAUGGCCUGGUUGUUUAUCCUGGUAUUCCCAUUGCAAAGAAAAUACUUGGGGCUGGCUGUGGGUCUCAAGCCUGAUCACUUUGACACACACAGCAAAGCUGUUGUUUAAAAUUCGCUAUCUAGUUCCGCCCCCAAACUGGAUCAUAAUAUGAGCAGCCAGCACAGCCAAUGGCCAGGGACAAUGGGAGUUGUAGUCCAGCAACUUCUGGAGGGUCACAGAUGAUCCCCAACCUUGCUUUAGGCACUAACAGAAACCAUUUGUGUUAUGCUCAGGGAAAAGCACUUUGAAUAUGCUCAGAAACAUACUCGAGGGACAAGCCAGAGGUUUUGAAAACAAAAUGUGGCAGCUGUACAUCAUGUUCCUAUUAGCUGCAGCCUAUUUAAUAAAAGGGACGCGGGUGGCACUGUGGGUUAAACCACAGAGCCUAGGUCUUGCCGAUCAGAAGGUCGGCGGUUCGAAUCCCCGCUACAGGGUGAGCUCCCAUUGCUCGGUCCCUCAUCCUGCCAACCUAGCAGUUCAAAAGCAUGUCAAAGUGCAAGUAGAUAAAUAGGUACCGCUCCAGCGGGAAGGUGUAAACGGCGUUUCCGUGCGCUGCUCUGGUUCGCCAGAAGCGGCUUAGUCAUGCUGGCCACAUGACUCAGAAGCUGUACACCGGCUCCCUCGGCCAAUAAAGUGAGAUGAGCGCUGCGACCCCAGAGUCAGCCACGACUGGACCUAAUGGUCAUGGAUCCCUUUACCUUUACCUAUUUAAUAAAAAGGGUAUUUUAGCUGGAUUUGGCAUCCUCCAGAGUAAUUUUAUUGCAUUUUCUGCACUUUCCUUAAGCUUAGAGCUGCUAUUAGAGCUGCCCAAACACUGGGGUUAUUUUUAGGCCCAAACAUUCACUUUCCAAGAUUCCAAGUCCUGUAGGCUUCGAGUGGGUAUUAUUUCAAUUUAUGAGUUAUGACUUGAAGCAGUUUGUCCACAUGUAAAUAUCUGUCCCCAAGGGGCUCAUAAUCUAAGCCAGGAGUGAAGGUUCUAAAGGCCUGUUUGGAGCACCAGCUCCGAGACGCUUAGAUGUCUCUGCAAUAUCUUGCGUGAGGAUCCCAGAGCUGGUUCGCAGGCAGCCCCCCGCAGACAACAACAACAACAACAACAACAAGGCGGCAGAGAGCUUAUGAGCUUCUUAUGCACUGGGUAACCGAAGCAGACAUAACCCAGUUUUCGAUGCACAUGAUUACAGGUGUUUUUUUUUAAAAAAGCUCAGAGUUUUAUCCCAAAAGUUAAUACGGGAGCCAUGAAGCGAGGAGGAAAGGAUAGGAUGUAUGUUAGUUAGUUAUUUGUUUGUGACAUCCAGAGCUUUAUGCAUCAAGUCAGUGGGGUCCAUGUAGCCAUCCAGAGGCCCAGUGGGGAAUUUGUUUUUUGUCUUUUUUUUAAAUGAUAUUUAUUAAAGUUUCCAAUAAAAACAGAACACAUCAGUAAAUGAAAAUUAAAAGUAAAAAGAAAAAUACACAAUACAAAAAUACACAAUACAAAAAACAAAACAAAAGAAAAAACUAUUAAAAACAAUACCACCUUUUCAUCACCACUUUUGAAUUUACUUAUUUUCUGGACCUCCUCGUACCUCCCUCUUUUGUAUUCCAGUUCAAUUUGUUUGUCCAGCAAUUUCUUUCCCUCUUUUUUAAUCCCAAUCCUUAAUCUUAAUAUGGUAUAAAUUCUUAUCUAUUAAUAGCCAAUUUUCCGUUCUUCUAACCUUUUUAUGCCUAAUCCUUAAUCUUAGUCUAUAUAUAACUUUAACGCCUGUACAGCUAGAAACCACUUAAUUUCAAUCCAUCAUCACUCUAACAUUCUUUGAUUUUGCAAUGUUUCUGUAGAUAAUCUUUAAAUUUCUUCCAAUCUUCUCCAGUGGGGAAUUUGAAAGCAGGACCUGAGCUCAAGCGCACUCUCCCCUCCUGUGGUUUCCAGCAACCACCAUCCAAAACUCAGAAGGAUUAUUAUUUCAUUUAUAUUCCACCUUUCCUCCAAGGAGCUCCAGAUGGCAUCCUAUGAAGUUCUCCUCCUUAUUUUAUCCUCAACAGAACCCUGUGAGGUAGGCUAGGGUGAGAUAGUGAUUGACUGGACCAAGGUCACCCUCCUGAGGUUCACUGUGGCUGGGUAGGGAUUUGAACUCUGGCCGCCCAGGGCCUUCACUCUAACUUCUGCACGACAGGCUCAUCCCCUCAAUGCAGGCUCUUCUUCAAGCCUAAUUCGGUUUAAGAUUUCAGGUGGAUUAUUUCACUGGUUUUUGCCCCGCUGCCAUCGGGAACCUGAAGUGAUCGUUACCUUGAGCACUCUACCUCUAACUCUUUGGAAGUUCUCUUUUCUUCCUUUAUAGACUAAUGUAGAUUGACAUAUAGGGCUCAACUCCCGGGUUUCUCUCCACCUUCCUUCCCCGAGUGAAUACGUAUAAAAUGGCCAUAGAAAUCAAUAGGCAGGUUGCUGAAAACCAGGUCUAAAUCGGUUGGUUUCUCCGUCUAUUUCUGCGGGCAAAAAACCUAGACAACACGGACGCCAAGGUAACACCGGGAGCCCUCAUUAAGCGGGUGACGGGGCUACUCUACAUUAUAUAUCUCCGCGUUUCUCUUUCUCUCGCCUUGGUCGUUUUGCGACAGUGUGGCGGAAAUCGCUUAUCAGGCAGUGUUGUACGAGCAUAUACUUCCUCGUCGGAGCUUUACGGCAGUGUGGCGGGGAAGGGAGAUGCGAAGAUGGCUGCGGCUGUGUCGCCCUUCAGCGGAGUCCUGCAGUUGACGGACCUGGACGACUAUAUCGGGCCCUCGCAAGUGAGUGGGGCGGGGGAGGAGGAAGAGAGAAAGUGGAGGCAGGAGAAUGAGAAGGAUACAGGCAUUUGGGGCCGGUCCCGUGUCGUAUUCUUUGCAAACCUUACAACAACCAUGUGAGGUAGGCCAGCAGUAGCAGCACACGCAUGCGCGCCCAUUGCUGAGGCUCAGAGUGAGCGGCCCCAAUAUGCGGGGCCAGGGUGCUGUCAUGAUGAGAGGGUCAGGUUAGGGAAGGUAAAGGGACCCCUGACCAUUAGGUCCAGUGGCGAACGACUCUGGGGUUGCGGCGCUCAUCUCGCUUUAUUGGCCGAGGGAGCUGGUGUACAGCUUCCGGGUCAUGUGGCCAGCAUGACUAAGCCGCUUCUGGCGAACCAGAGCAGCGCACGGAAACACCGUUUACCUUCCCGCCGGAGCGGUACCUAUUUAUCUACUUGCACUUUGACGUGCUUUUGAACUGCUAGGUUGGCAGGAGCAGGGACCGAGCAAUGGGAGCUCACCCUGUUGCGGGGAUUCGAACCGCCGACCUUCUGAUCGGCAAGCCCUAGGCUCUGUGGUUUAAUCCACAGCGCCACCUGCGUCCCUGGGUUCAAAUCCCUUCUCAGCUAUUGGAGACUCAUUGGGUGGCCUUGGUCUGGUCAGGGUUGUCAUGGGAAGGAAGGAAGGAAUCAAAGGUUCUGGCCUUAGCAAAUUGAAGAUGGGACUGGUUUUAAAUGUAAUGAAAAAUGUAAAGUGUCCAAAGUAAAGUGCAUCCAUUCUUUCUCCUGGCAAACCUCACAGUGAUCCUGUAAGGGGUAAGUUGUUUUAUCCCAACCAUGGGGUGUGGGUGUGACGGGGUGGGGAAUAAACUUGGCAUUACCAACCAGUUAUCAAUGCCUGAUGCAGGGAUUUCUGAACUGUCCAGUGGGAGUCUAGGAGGAAACACUGCUGCUUCUUCCUGAAGUACGGAUUGUGGUGUGUGUGUGUUUUGGUGUUUAUUUUCAGUAGUUCGCUUUCCUUUCAGGAUUGCAUAAAACCCAUCAAAGUUGAGAAGAAGCUUGGGAAAGCAGCAGCAAAGAUCCGCAUUGAAGAUGAUGGGACUUACAUUCAAGUUGACAAGGUAAAGUUUCCCCUCCUCAGUUUGAUCACAUCAUAAGAUGGGGUGGGGAAGCUUUUUUUAAGCUGUGUGUUUUUGCAUUCCACCAUCAAGCUUCUGGGGGCCACGUGGCAGUGGUGGGCAGGGCCAGAGGUGAAAGCGGGUGAUGCCAUUGCUGUGCCUCUUGUACAGUAAGCUAAAUCCCUGUUAUAAGAGAUACAAAAUAGGUUUGGGGAUCAGCGGUUACAGCUCUGCAGCCCCAGCUAGGAGUUCAGAAGCCUCUUGGAAAGGGAGUUAGUUGCAGAGUUGGUUAACAGCCCUCCAGGAAGGAGGACCUUUUCAGUUGUAGUGAAGAAAAUUGCCCUGGUUAAUGGAUGCUCUCAAAAGAGCAAUUACUCCCUUCUGCUCUUUGGACUGCAAAUCUCUCAUGUUUGGCCCUACAGUCUGGAGCCAAAACUUGUUACAGUCCUUGGGCCCCUCUGUGAAGCUUUCAUUUAUAAAAUCUCCAACAUCAUCGUCAGAUGGUGGGGAGGUAACCCCUGAAUGACCGCUAGUGAAAGCUGGAAGUACUUUUCAGGAACGCUUGGAAGCCGAUCUCCAUCCCCUCUGACCUACUCUCCCUUUCAGGACGGAGGGUCACAAAAGCUUGAGAAGGCCAAAAUCACCCUCAAUGACUGCUUGGCAUGUAGCGGCUGCAUCACGUCUGCGGAGAGUGUCUUAAUCACACAGCAGAGCCACGAGGAACUCCUCAGGGUCUUAAAUACCAAUAAAGUAAGUUGUUGAUACUGUCAGCAUGGGAGUCAUAGGACCUGAGGACCUGGAAGAUGAACUCUUUCUUGCCCACUUGUGCAGGAGAAGGCAGCUAUAGGGGUCUGGUCUAGGGACAUAAAGGUAGGAAGCUGCUUUAUACAGAAAGCCAGACCAUUGGUCCAUCUGCACUGACUGGCAGUGGCUCUCCAGUGUUUCCAGCAAGGGAAUUUCUAAGCCUUACCUGGAGAUGCUGCUUGGGACCUUCUGCAUGCAAGGCAGUUGCUCUGCCCUUGAGUUACAGCCCUUUCCCACUGAGUAGGCUGGAUUUUCUUCCACUGCCAGGAGCAACGUUAGCAAGCUGUUUGCAUUCUGGUUGGCUUCAGAGCAAAUUAUCUAGACCUGUUAUAAAGCUGCUGGUUGUUUUUGUGUUUGUCUUCCACUUCUCAUUGCAUUAGGGACUAGAUUCUCAACAUAUAUAUGUUUUUAAAAAGAAUCCAGCCAUUUCAUGCUAGCUACAGAAAGGCUCAGGGCACCUCAAUAUAGAAAAGGUAAAUACUCCAGCAAAUACUAAUUUCAUGUUGAUGCUUGUUUGUUUUUCUAAGACGUCAGGUUCUGCUUCCCAGAAGCUGGUGGUGGUGUCCAUAUCUCCCCAGUCCCGAGCUUCGCUGGCGGCAAAGUUUUCACUGACUCCUUUAGACACAGCCAAGAAACUGGUGUCUUUCUUUAAAAGUUUAGGUGAGCAGCAGUGUCUCUUCUGAAGUAUGUAGCUUGAUGAUUUAGUAAUUAAACACACUUGGGAUGAAACGGAUUCCUGUGUUCCUGAGCAUCACAUUUCUGCCACAAGGCUGGAAGGAUAAAACUACUCAGGGGCUGAAGAUUUUGCUGCCUUUUCACCCUUUUAACAAAUAGCUUUUAAAUGUCAUUCUCAUUUAGAUGUCUGUUUGAACGGACUGCCCAUAUUAAUUAAGUUGGGACUUAUUGUCAACUGAUGACGUUUAUUUCUUUCCCCUCUGUUACAUUUACAAACAUUAUAUUAAAAAAAAAAUAUGCAGGGGGAAGAUAAAAAAACUGACCAAACAGAUGAAGUCAUCUCUGCCUAUCACUUGAUGAUUUUGUUCACCCUUGUUGCAGAGGGUGUUGAGUUGACACAGCUUAGGAACAGCCCACCAAUCCAGCUAGCUCAAUAUUGUCUACACUGACUGGCAGCAGCUCUUCAAGCUUUCAGACAAGGGUCUUUCUCAGCCCUACCUAGAGAUGCUGAGGAUUGAACCUGGGACCUUCUGCAUGCAAAGCAGGCCCUCUACCAUUGAGCUGUAGCCCUUUGCUUAAGACACUUGGAACAAAGGAAGCUGCCUUGCACAGAGUCAGAUCAUUGGUCCAAUGACACCUGUAUAGAAAUCACUCCACAAAUGUGGUUUCCUUAAUACCUAACCUCUCUUCCUUCCCUGUCCCAGGGGUACAUUAUGUCUUUGACACGACUUUCUCAAGGAACUUCAGCCUGCUGGAGAGCCAGCGAGAGUUUGUACAGCGCUUCCGGAGGCAAAAGGAAGACAAGAAGGCUUUGCCUAUGUUGGCUGCUGCCUGCCCAGGUAAGGCUGUUGUGGGGGGAGAGAGUGGGGUGUGGGCCCUGCAACUGGUGUUACCCAUCAUCCAGGAACCUCAGAUUGUAAGACAGUGAUGGGUGGGGCCAGAAGGAAAAGAGGGUGGAACAAUGAAUGUGAAUUUUGCCUUUAAGCAGUAGGCUUCCUCCCUGCUCCCACUCACUUGCUUUUCAGGCAAGCAAGAGUCACUGUCAGAGUACAAGGGCACAUUCCAGCCAAGCAGAAACAUUCAGAGAGGGUGCAAAGCUGAACUGGUGAAGCGGGUAGCCUGGGGAGAAUCCCAAGGGCCAAAUAGAGAGGUCUGGAGGGCCACAUUUGGCUUCUGGGCCUGAGGCUCCCUGCUCCUGCUGUGGACUAUAAAUGGGACAUUCCAAUAUUUAUUUACAGCUGGUUGCAUGCUGUUGCCUUGGAUGCUGUAGCAGCUACCUUCCUUCCAAUAAAUAGGCCAGCUAGAGGAGAGUGGGAUGGGGUGGAUGCUGCCUUUGGAGCCUGGAGGCGGAUUUGCGACUUAAGGAUGUUGGUUCUUCUUCCUCUUUCAGGCUGGAUCUGUUAUGCCGAAAAAACCCACGGGAGUUUCAUCAUCCCUCACGUCAGCACAGCCAAGUCUCCCCAGCAAGUGAUGGGCUCCCUCGUCAAGAGGCACUUUGCCAAACAGCAAGUGUGUGUUCCGUGGCAGGCACUUUUCGCAGGGGAACUGGUGUCCUAGAAAGUCUGGGAGCAGCAGCUGGGCUUCAGUUUGUGACCUCCCCAUCAGAUCACCUCUGCAGACAGCCAGAAAAGGGGUCACCCUCUCACCCAAACAAUCCUCUGCAGAAAGGGGAGCUCAGACCCUUUCCUUUCCAUGCUAGGGCAGUGCUGCUGCUGCUGCUGCUGCUGUUUUCUUCUUAAGGGCAACCAUCUCAAACCACCCAGUAUUGUUAUUACCCUAUGGAAUGACCUACUCUCACUUCUCUGGGUUUAGACCAGCCUUUGCCCAAUCCUGGAUCCCUCCAGAUGUUUUGGACUACAACUCCCAUCAUCCACUGCCAGUGCCAUUGUGGCUGAUGGGAGUUGUAGUCCUGAACAUCUGGAGGGCAGUAAAUGGUUGGCAAAGGCUGGUUUGGACAAAUUUGCAAAGGGUGCUACUAGUUAAUGGUUGCUAGAUCGAGGUUUUAUACCUCUGAAUGCCACCUGCCAGGGCCAAAAACCAACCAAACAGAAAGUGGUUAUUGCCUUCAUUCUUUGCUUGUGUGUCUUUUGCGGUGCCCUACUGGUGCCACUGUCAGAAACAUGAAAUCAGGACUAGUUUUUGCUGAUCAGGUAUCCCAAUCUCUUCCCCAUUUAUAGCACUUGACACCUGACCAGAUCUACCACGUGACAGUGAUGCCUUGUUACGACAAGAAGUUAGAAGCUUCCAGACCUGACUUCUUCAUCCAAGAGCACCAGACCCGUGAGGUUGACUGUGUGAUUACUACAGGUAGAGCGGAGCCAGGAACUGUGAUGCAGUCAGUGUUUGAGUUAGAAACACCCAGAAGAUUCCCUUGCCUCCUCCCCUGGCUUGAGGUGCAACUGCCCAUUCAUUAGCCACUACUUCCACCCUGCCCCAUUUGAGUUAAUGGAGCCCAGCCCUCAUCCUGCCAGAGGUUUCUACACAUACAACCUCCCGCAUCACUCCAUCCUGGCGAGCCAGAGGGAUUAUGCCAUUUCUAGGACAUAUUCCAGCCAAGCAAAAGUUCUUGAGUAGGGGCGCUGAGUGGAGAAGCUUGGAGGGCCGCACUCAGUCCCUAGGCUUGAGGUUCCCCAUCCCUGAACUGGAGAGAGGAUUAAUUCAUUGCCUGGUAACUCCUCUCUGCUUCCUGCCUCCGUUCCAUCCAGAAUGCAAACUCCCUUGCAUUUGUUCUGUGUUUCAGGAGAAGUUGUGAAGUUGCUGGACCAGGAGAAGGUAACCCUAUCAGAAGUGAAUCCUGCCCCUUUGGAUAGCAUGUAAGAUCUAAAGUCGCUUAACUUUGCUACGCUUACAUCCGGCUUGCUUCUUUCACAUGUGCUCGAUUUGCAGAACUUUAAUCAGGAUUUAGCCUUUAUCGGCAUGCAGCCGGGCAUUUCGAGUUUUGCAUGGUGCCCUACGCUGUUUCUUUUCUCCCUUCCAUAGGUUAGGUGGUGUAUCUGAAGAGGAGCAGUUACUCGGCCACUCUGGAGGCGGUUCUGGGGGCUACCUGGAGCACAUCUAUAAGUAUGCCGCAAGGGAGCUCUUCGGUAUUCAAGUGGAAGAAGUUCGCUAUAAGGCACUGAAGUAAGGAUAUUGCAUUACCGCCUGGAGCUCUUACCAAGAAUCCUAUCCCAGCCCAUUUCCCCCAGCCUGCACUCUCUUCCAGUAAGGAAGUAUUGGGAGUGCUGCUGCUGCUGCUUUGCUGCUGCCUGUCCCUUGCUCCAGCCUCCCUCGCUGGCUAAAGAGCCAGCAGCCAUUGCAGGCAGCCGUGGAAGGUGCAAGAGAGCCAUGGCCUGGGAGGAAGCAUUCGUUUUCCAACCAGGCUGACUUCCCCACCAAAGUUGUACUGUUCGUCCAUGUUCCGUUGCUGCCAGUUUCCACUCUGAGCAGCUGGGAUAGUGGCUUGGGAGCGUGUCUGAAGAGACCAUGUUUUGCAGUAGCAAAUCUCUGGUUCCGCCCUGACCCCUUUUAAUUCUUCCCCAGAAACAAGGACUUGCAGGAAGUGACGCUGGAGAAAGAUGGCAAAACCCUCUUGCAUUUUGCCCUGGCAUACGGAUUUCGGAACAUCCAGAACUUGGUGCAGAAACUGAAGCGGGGGAAGCUGCCGUAUCACUACAUCGAGGUGAUGGCUUGUCCUUCAGGUAAGGCCACCUGCAGGUUGGAAACGGCAGGGGGAAUAAGAAAAGACUGCAUAUGUCGCUUGGAGCUCUCUGGCAACAUCCUAAGAAUUCUCUCUUUCACUCCUACCAGUUAAUACUGUAAUUAUUAUUAUUAUUAUUAUUUAUACCCCGCCCAUCUGGCUGGGUUUCUCUAGCCACUCUGGGCAGCUUCCAACAAAAUAUUAAAAAUACAAUAAAACAUCCAACAUUAAAAACUUCCCUAAACAGGGCUGUCUUCAGAUGUCUUCUAAAAGUCAGAUAGUUGUCUGAUGGGACAUCUGAUGGGAGGGCAUUUCACAGGGCGGGCGCUGCCACCGAGAAGGCCCUCUGCCUGGUUCUCUGUAACCUCACUUCUCGCAGUGAGGGAACCGCCAGAAGGCCCUUGGAGCUAGACCUCGGUGUCUGGGCAGAAUGAUGGGGAUGGAGACUCUCCUUCAAUUAAAAAGAAGCAGGUUGCUGUUUUGUUUGUUACAAAGAUAUGUAUUUUUGUGUUUGUAUAUUGUAAACAGCCCUGUGAUCCUUGGAUAAAGGGUGGUAUAGGAAUAUAAUGCAUAAAUAAAUAACAAUCUGAAAUGCCACCUCCUUCCUCACAGACCCUCUCAGGCGCUGAUAUCGACAGAGGGGGCCCUCAUGGUUGCUCCAUCUCCCUCAGACAUUCGAGAGGGGAGUGACCUGUGAGAGGGCCUUCUCUGCGGCAGCCCCUAGGCUGUGGAAUUCCCCUACCUGCAGAGGUGUGCCUGGCUUCUUCACUGGUUUCAGUGAAUGCUGAAGACACACUUCUUUACCCCAACCUUUGACACUUGAGAUGUGCGUUUCCAGGGACUACGCUGUUCUUCCUAUGACUGUCAUGUGUUUUAACUAUUUUUAGUCUUUCAUUGUUGUAGCCUGCCCUGGGUCUUGCUGGUGAAAGGCAAGCAAUACAUUUGAUGAUGAUGAUGAUAAUAUUGAAGCUCUAGCUUAGCUAACUCAGGUACUUCCUUCAACCUGCUUCCCUCCAGAUUUGAGCUCCUAGCAGGCACCAGCCUGCAGAAAUCAUUUUGAACUUGCUGCCUUGCAUGCCUGGGGCUGAUGGAAGUUCUAGUUCAAAGCAUUUGGAGGGUGCCAGCUUGGGGAAUACAGGUUUAACUGGGAUCCACUUUCUUCCCACCCCCUCAUUUCUUUCCAGGCUGCUUAAAUGGAGGGGGCCAAAUUAAAGCCGAAGGGGAGCCCAGCAAGGAUCUUCUCCAGAGGGUGGAGAGGCUGUAUGAAUCAGUCCAGCCUGAAAACCCGGAGCUGAAUGGAGCCGUGCAGGCACUCUACAAGGAGUGGCUGGGUGGCCCUGAUUCGGGACAGACUCGAGACAUCCUGCACACAGGGUAUCACGCAGUGGAGAAGUCAAGCGCCACCUUGAAUAUCAAGUGGUGAAGAUGGCUGGGAGUGCUCUUGGCACAGGAGGUGUCACAAUCAUGCCCUCUUGAUUUUCUUUCCCUCUCCAAAGUGGUUGCUGGAAGGACAGAGACUGUUCAUAGGUGGCAAAAUAUGUAGCAAAUCCACCUUUAGUGCCAAAGACUGGAAUAAAAAUGAUUACGGACAGAGGGUUUGGCUUUAAGGAGAGCUGUGUUCAUCCAUAUACCCUUGCCUUCCCUCCAGCUUCUGACAGCCAUGACUGUUGGCCGUCCUGGUAGCAUCUGGAGUCCAGUGAUAUCUGGGGGGCAUGUUACAUGUUGCUACCAUAAACAGUUGUCCUAGAUCAAGAUCUCUCCCCCCAUACCCCACAAUGCAAAGGAAAACACAAUACUAACAGAUGCUACUUGAGUGAUUGUCACAGGGGCCAGUCAGCCUCUUGCAGUUUCAGUUGGAAACAACCCGUUUUGUGGCUUGCUGCAGGUUGGGGGCUCUUGAAUGUCUGCCCGAAAGGGGGCUGGAACACGUUCUUGGGGUUCAAAGUAUGUACACCUGUCUUAGCUCAGAGUGUGUUUCCAGAGCUCUCUGUGCUUUUGUCUCAUUCCUGCCACUUGCCUACAAGGAAUUCCCUUAGUAACAAAAAACAACAGCUGUUAUAAAUAUACAGGAUAAAGAGUUAAGAACUUCAGAAAGAGCCUUCUGGAUCAGGCCAGUGUCCACACACUCCUACAUCAUCUUCUCAAGAGUCCCAAAUCAAUCUGUGCCCUACCUUUUUCAUGCAGAGAUUGGAAGUUCAUGCCCCAUCCUGGACGGGAGCAAAAUGUCACCUACAACACUGAAGUGCGGCCUUUAAAAGAACUGAAGCCAGAAACUUGAAAUGUUUCAGGCCUGCUUUAUUACUUCCUUAUUCUCUGCACCCACAAAGCCGAGAAGCUUUUUCUCCAGGAGCGAUGAGAUUACCUAAGGAGACUCUUUUAAGAGGCAAGGGGGAUCUAGAGGUAUAAAUGACUUUCAGACUUUGAAAAGCUGGUGUUACUCGAUCAAGUUCACCAGUUUUGUUGCAUUAAUUAAAUAGUUUUAAUUGGAUUUUGAAUAAAUGCAGUUAAUUGUUACUGUUUUGAAUUUUA